GCCCUCUCCUUCCAGCAGUUCUUGGCGACCUGUUGGGUGGGGAUGAGGCGGCGGUGGCCGGAGGCUCCUUUGCAGCGACAGGUAGCAAGGAGCACGUCCCGAUUAACCUAUUCUCCUCCUCCCCGUUCCCUUUCCGCGCGCAUCAGGCGGCUCCUCUUGCCAGAAAUCCCGUUCGCAGCCCCCCAGCCAGCGCAUACAGUGAACGCACACAUUAUUCCCUAUAUGGAGCUGAAUGCCUUGCUGCGACCCCGCCUCCAGCGAGGUUGAGUGGUGGUGCUUUUCUUUUUUUUUUUUGGUAGCCGCUCCCCUUUUCCUGAGGGAUGAGGUAAUGCGGGGCUCCGAUUGGUCCGGGGGGCGGCACCCCAAGAGCCCGAGAGGGGCGCGAUCAAGGCUAUAACUCCCCGCAGCAGCCGAGAGCGGAGAAGGCAGAGAGGCGCUCAGCGGGGUUCGAACUCGUGCAGGAGAGAAUCGAAUUUCUGUUGAGAAGGGGUGGAAGGAAACGCAGCAACAGAAAGUCCCGCAAGAUCCAGCGUGCAGUCUCUUCUUCGCUGCCGCCGCCGAAAGUAGAAGAGGGAGGCAGGAGGCUGCAGAAAACGAAACAGUUUUGCAGAGACCCUCCACCCUUUCCCCGGUCCGUGUGAGAGAGUAACUGUUCGGGCAUGAGCAUCAGGAGCAUGUCCCGGUGCGUGCUGAGCCUUCUCAUGCUGCUCUGCAGCUGGAGCCUGAGUGACUUGCUGGGGGAAGCUUGUACCUGCGUCCCAAUUCACCCUCAGGAUGCUUUCUGCAACUCUGACAUUGGUAAGUGUACAGUUCCCUGUGCAGUCGUCCUGCCCCCCCCCCCCCCCGCCGCUAACGGGCAGCAUUAUUAGCUCCUGGAGACUUCUUAACCUCCCUGGUGCCAUAGAUUUGAAGAACCGGUGGUUGCUUUUGGAAAACGCACGCAGGUGUGCCUGUGUGUUGGUGCCCAUCGUUUUAACUUUAAGCACUGCACAGUACUGAACCGGUGGAGUCUCAAUGCAAAGCCAUUUGACUGAGACGUGCUGUUGGAACUCUCAGUGACACAGACCUCCUUUGCAAGAGAGCUAAGCAGUUUUGCAAAAUUCUUAGCCAAACCUCCCCGUUGUGUUUCCUUUUCUUCCUCCUCUCUUGUAUGCUCUCUUUCUUAUACAUUGUACGAGUGGAGUUCACGAUUGCUUGCGGUGUUAUGAAGUUUAGUGAUAUUCAGAAAGUUCUCUGAUCCAGUGUGAGCUGAUUAUGUCAGGGCUCAGUUUCCGGAAGAAUUAGGAAGGAAAGCAGCUUCAGAGCAUACCAGAGGGAGCCUAGCACAUUUGAUGAAUUUCACCAGUUCCAGAGAAGGAACAGUGAAUAAUGCACUUCCGGAUGUGCCAAUCCUUUGAUGUCCUACCCAACCUGACUUCAAUUAAACUAUGAAAUGCAGUUAAAAAUAAAGGGGAGAACUGAUCUAUAUUUCAGUGAUGUAUGUUUACACUUCUCUCUGUGUUGGCAUAUUCUUGAAGAAAUAUUGUAGAUAAGUAUUUAAAAAACACACCUUAAGGUACAAUGCUUCUCAUAAUCACAGAGUCUUCUAGGGCAGGAGGAAAAGUACAGCAUGGAUUUAUAGGCUAUAGUAACAGACUGUGAAACUGGCUUCUUUCCUAUACAGACAAAAACAAAACUGAAGGUGUGUGUGCAGCCAAAAUGUCCUUUAUACUUGCUCAAGUAGCUGGGCUAGUGUCAAGCAAAUACUAAAACAAGAACACGGGACAAAUUCUCCUGCUCGAAGGGCCUGUGCCCAGCAACUUGAAAAUAGUGUUAUUCACAGCAAUUAGUCACAACUGUAUUUAUGGGCUCCUCAUUCUCAUAAUGUUGAACACAGUGUCAAGGAAAAGGCAUUGCAGGCUUUCUGUGCAGUGUGCUUUGAACUGGGCAGGUUCAUAAAUUGUGUUGUGUUUUCAGGCAAUCAAAGCAAAAGAAGUGUGGUACUUGGCUUUCUGAGAUCACUAUGUGUAUUCUGUAUAUAUGCACAAUUGUCACAAGGGAGAGAAGAACAAGUUAAAAUGGCUCAUUUGUAAAUGCUUUGCGUAGUUUUCCUUCUGAAAAAUGUAGUUCAUAAGCACCCUGACUUUUUACAGUCAACCAGUGGAGUAACAGUGCACUCCUCCUCCGUCUGAUAUGGUGCUAUUAACUGACCACAUAUAGCCACACUUGGUCUCUCAUAGUCUAUUGCAACAGUUUUGAAACUUUUUCUUCUGGACACUUACAAGACAAUUCUGUGCUUAGCAUCCCCCUUAGUGGCUUGAAAUGGAUCUCAGUAGUCCCCUAGCUCCUUGUGCUGCAUUGUUAUCCCAGAACAAUUACUUAAGAGGCUCAUCCCAAAACUUUUGUGACACUCAUGGUUGUAGUUUGACCCAUAGUGAUAGUGGCCAAUGUGGUGCCCUCCAAAUGUUAUUGAACUAUGACCCCCAUCAUUGACCAUGUUGGCUGGGGCUGAUGGAGGGCUCCACGUUGGCUACUCCUGAAAAUUGCUUGAAAAUGGCAUGUCUAGUAUAUAUGCCCAUACUCAUUAUGUCCAGAUAAUAACAGGCAAAGGUUGUGAUCUCUGAGUGACAUUUACUGCCGAGUUGGGGAUUAUGUGGCCCUCCAUAUGUUGUUGGAAUAUAGCUCCCAUCGGCCUCAGCCAACAUGGUCAGUGAUCAAGGCUGAUGAAGAGUACUGCAGUAAUCUCACAACAUCUGGAGGGCUGCAGGUUACACCCCCCCUUGCUUUACAGAAAGGUAAAAAGCUGUACGAUAAAAGUGGUGCCCUCUCCAGAUCCGUUCUGGUAGUGCGGAUCCCUUUAUACUGCAGAUCCAGAUAGCUGUAGGGUGAGUGGCUGUGCAAAGGCAUCCAUCCGUGUGGUGGUUUGACAAUAUGUUUAAUACUCCACACAAGUGCUGCCACUUCCUUUGGGGGGUGAAUUACUUGCAUGGUAUGCUAAACAUGCUAGUGGAGCAACCAAGUGGUGAAAGCAUUUACAUGGACCUGAACAGGCAUGGAGGUGAUACUACCUCCACUUUAAGCUUUUCACACCUGAAGAUGAAAUGAUGCUCCUUCUGUGUACUGGAGCUCUCUCUCUCUCUCUUGCCCUCUCUCUCUCUCAUGACACACACAAAGAGGGAGGCAGGAAAAUGGCCUCUCUUCCAAACUAUGCUGUAACUGCUUCAUAUUGCUGGUCCUGAAUGCUGAGAUGGAAAAGGUUUUAUAGAUAUGGAUUGAUAUGGAAAACUCUGCUUUUUUCUCUCUGAAUGUCAUUCUAAGUAGUUAGCCUAUAACUCCCACUGAAAGUUAAAAAUAAAAUAAAAAUAAAAAUAAAGAACGAGGGUUAGAGAUUUUAGCCAAGUCCAUUUAUUCAUGUCUAGUUUAGGUACUAUGUUGGGGACGGAAAGCCAAGAAAAACUUUGCAUGUUAAAAAAGUGCUGGGAGAGUUGCAGUUUUACUUGAAUAAUUUUAGAUUGGAAAAUCCUGCAAAUGGACAGCUCAAAGUUCACUGGAAGAUUUUUAAUGCUGCUCCUUUCUUUGUGUCGUAGGAGUAGGCAGAUCAAUUUAGAGGCCACUGCCAUUGAGAGUUUGCAUUUUUCUGAAAAUGGGAAUACUUUCAAAGCUCAUUUGUGUGCUCUUCCAUGUGCUUCUGAUGUACUGUGAUGCAUGAGAUUGUAUUGUUCUCUUAAUCAUAAAUGCUGUGAUUUCUCAGCGUACUAUAAAUACUGGUGUUUAUGUAGAGAGGGUAGAAUUGAGAAGGUGCAUCUGGAAGUGUGAAUAACAAGCGUGAUUUUGGCUGAAGUGAAAAUUAAUAAGUACGUUUUGGAUUAGCUCUACUGCUGGGUUUGCUUUCACAGGCAAGGGGUUGGGACAAGACACAGGGAACAAUCGAAACCCAAGUUCUGCCAGGAUGAGCGAAGUGUGGAAUAGAUGGACCUCUGGCUGAGCUGGAAAACCACUCCAACUCAUACUUUCUAGGCAUGGGACAAGCAGAAGUGGGGGCGAGCCCUGCAUUUUUUCCGGCAUAUCAAUAGAUAUGUGUUUUAAACUCACUCUGUUAAAUGAAGCAUGAAUCCGAUCCAGCCAUAGUAACAAAUUAUUCUAGUGACUCAAAGAUAACACAGUCUCUUAAUUGUUGAUGGUGUGAAUAAGCUCCUAGUAGGCAGACUCUUUGUGCUAAUUCAGUGUCAGAUUCUGAAUUAUCUACAUUUUAUUUUUAAAUCAUAGCUUCAGAAUUGGAGUUAGUUGCAAGCUGAACUGAAACUGGGGCAGAGUGUAACUUUUACCACAACGUGUAAACACUAGAGAACAGCAUGUAAAGUGGAAGAUUAACAGAAUUUCCAAUACUAAGAGUCUAUUUUUCGUUUUAAACAUGUCUUAUCCACAAUGCUGAGAAGCACACUGUGGUCUGUGAAGGGCCAAGUCCUUCGGUCAACUACCAGCCCUGCCAGCAUCUCUUUAGUAAACACUGCCAUGCUCCUGAAGAGCCAAAAGAGGAAGAAUUGGAUCCAAACUUCUAGCUGAUGAAGACAUAAGUGUUUCCAUGGAGACUUGUAGCAGUGUACCAGAGCAGGGUUUAGGCAGACUAAACUACAUGCUGGUUGAUAAAACAAAUUGUGUAUGUGUAAUAGAGUGGGGAGAAGAAGGUUUUUUAGGCUUGGCAGCAAUGCUGUACAGCUCUUCAGAUUCCUGGCAAAAAUGCAUGUCUUAGGGAGGAGUCAGUGCAGCAAGAACAGGUGCUUCAGAAAAGGCUGCCAGGACAGAUCUGUUCACAUUGUCCCUGUGACUCUGCAAGUCAAUGAAGUAGUUAGAAAGCAUCCUGGAAAACGUUUUCUUUUUUCUUUUUCUUUUUUAAAAAGGAAAUGCUAAUGUGGUUUCAGAAGGAGCUGGAUAAUGCUUGCAUCUUUUAAAGAACACUUGCUUGAAUUCAGGUACUAGGAUGAGCUCAUUCAUUUCUUUGUACUGGUGUAUGACAGCAGCCUAUAAGAGGGCAGUUGUGAUGGCAGUGAUGGUGAAAGGCAGUUCAAGUUCUAUGGAGUCAUAGUGACACCAGCACCAGAGGAAGGGAAAAGGUGGUUUUGGAUGCAAGACAAGGGAGGAACAGGAAGUAUCCAGCCUAGCCAAGGUCGUCUCCUCCCUCAGAGCAAAAUCUUGCCUCCCCUCUAACCAUACUUAAAUUAGCAUAGGAACAGGACUGUCAUAAAUAAAAAUAUAUCCAUAAUUGGGUCUAUGGAGAGUCCAUGUUGCCACAACGGAGUACCAGACUGGACAAGAGCUAGUUAUGACAGUCUAAGGUCCACCAUAGCCAUCUUAAAUUGUAUCAUAGAUUUACUCUUGUUUGCUACAAUAUUUGGGCCAAACUGUCCUACAGGAAAUUGCCAAUUUAAGUUCAAACUGGGCUUUUUAAUUGGAUCCUUGCAGCUUAUUUUGACUAACAGGUUAUUAUUGUUUGCUCCUAAAUUAUGUCCUAAAUAGGGCAAAAUAGAAACAGUGAUUUACAGAGAACAAUAAGAAGAUCAGAAGGGACCAUGCCUGGGAAAUGAGGAAAGUUGUAGUUAUGAUACCACAGGUAAUUUCCUAUAUGGAAGGACUUUCACUGAGGGAGCAUUCAGAAAUGGGACCCUUCAUUAUAGUCUAAUACUGUAUAGGCCAGAAAGCAAUGUUUGCUCUUUAUGUGGUUUUACACUAUGGUUUUAUACUAGUCGUGUGCAUUUAUUUGGAAGUAGGGAUGGGUGAAACUGCCAAUUUCAGCUUCUCUCAGCUUCCCGUUUUUCUAAUCAUGGGGUUGCCUUCAACUAUGUUUGACUCAGAGUAGACCCAUUGAAAUUAAUGGACCUAAGGUAGUGAUGGCUUGAAAAAGAAGAGAGGACAUGACAUGAGAGAACUCUGUGAGCCUGACAAAAUAGUUCUUGUCUGCCCCUCAAAGGACACACAUUUUGAUUCCCCUUUUUGUUAUUGUAUGUGGAAUAAUGGAGACAAUUGCUUUGUCUCCCCUUACAAAGCUGUGAUCAUUCCAGCAGGCAUGUUGUACUUUUCGUUGCACUUUUUAAAACCUUUUUUUGCAUGAGAAGCAAGAAUUCUUCAGAUUGCUAAAUGCAGCAUAUCUGUAUGUUCGGACAGACCCUCCCCACUUCCUUCUUUCUGAUAAAAUGCUACAAGUAUCUCACUUCACUAUUCCACCUGCUACCAACACCCCAAUUACACUUAGAUAGAAAAAUGUCCUACGGACACACCCUUUCCCCAGCCUUUUCUGACUAAAACUUAACCAGUUUUAAUAAACGCAUGAGCAUAUGUCUCAUGUUAUGCAAGGAAUUAUCUGAUGUAAUGGGUGGAUACUAUUGGUCCCUGUUCAUCUCAAGAGUUUUGAUGUCUAAAAUCUUAACUUUUCUUCCUCUCGAAAUAAACUUACCCCAUCUGCAUGAGUUUGCUGUUGUAUAAAGUAGACACUACACCUUCUAUAUUGCCCCGCAACUCAGUUCAGCACCCCUGUUGACAUUGUUUAGCAGGGAGCCCGAGUAAUCCUAGUGGAGGCUCGUACUCAGUGGAGAACAGGAUGCUGGAUCAAAUGGGCCAUUGGCCUGAUCAAGUAGGUUCCUAAUUUCUUAUGUUAACCUCCAUCUGCCCUUAGCCAGCCCCACUUGCCUGCCAGGGAGUGGAACUACCUGUCAACCUCCUUACUCACAGAAUUACCUCUGCUCUGCGAGUUCUACAAACUCAGCAGGGAAAAGGGUGGGGACUGGACUAAAAUUAGUUGUCUCUGCAUUGUCACUGGCUCUAGCUCCACCUGCUGUUGGUAUUCUUGCCUUCUGCCCCCCUAUUCCUAAUGGGCACCAACCAUCACUAAUGCACUUCCAAUUAUAUGUACAUACUUCUGUUAGUUUGGAGUUAUUUGCUUCCUGAAGAAAAGCUCUCAAAUGAUAUUUCUGUUAAAUCUUCAUGAGCUAAUUAGUCAACCAACUUCCCAGGCAGAAUUCUGGGUCACAAUCAGCUGGUUUCUUUAGAUGUGUUACAAGGUAUUUAUUUAUUUUACAAAUUGGCAAACCGCUUCCCAGCCUGAGGCUAUCAAAAUGCUGUACAACAGGAUAUUCCAUUCAACAGCAAAGUAUUCUGCGGAAGAGAAGGAUACAACCUUCCCCAACCUGGUGCUCUCCAGAUGUUUGGGACUACGACUCACAUCAACCCCAGCCAACAUGGCAACGUUGUAGUAAAACAUCUGGAGGAUACCAGGUUAUUGAAGGCUGGUUUAGCAGCCAAGAGAAGUGGUUGAGUGACAGCUACAGAGGCUGGCCUGGGGAUUUGAGAACACUUGGUGCCUUGUGGAAUUUGGCUUGUAAUUUGUUACUAGUCCAAAUGUUUUUCUUCCAAAAAUGUGAUAGAAGAUUGUGUGUAUUACAGUAUUUCAUAAUGCAAUUCUGAAGGAUUCUGUUAGUAUCUAGUUACCACGGCACAUGCUUACUCCAGAUCUCCUGUGGGAAGUAAACUCCUCAAAACCUCAACAUGUGCAGAAAGACAGAUGUUCUAGUUUUGACUCAGGGUUCUUAGUUCCAACUGAGAAAGAGUUUUCUUCCAUUUCCUUCUUCUGUGCUCUCCCUGACUGCUCCCUAGUUGGCACUGACUUCUGUCAUACUAAAUGAGACUGUAACUAUGAAAGUGUGUGUGCAAUGUAUGUACAAUAAAUGUUUAUUGAUUUCAUGAGCUAGUUUUAUUUACCUCCAUAGGGAACCUUCACUGUUUCCCCUACAUGUGUGUGAGAGUAAUCUUUACAAUAGCCCAGUGAAGCAAGUCACUAUUAUCUCAUUAAUGCCACCUAGUGAAUACAUGACAGAGAUGAGAUUUGAAAAAGAUUUCCUGGUUCCCAUCUCACUUUUGAGCUACACAGCUUCUCAUAUCCUUUUUCCUUAUUGCAAGAAAUCAAUUGCAACUACCUUGUAGGAUACAUUUAUUUGCAUGGAAAACCUGUACGGUAUUGUUUUUGCCUAACUAGAAUUUGUCCUUGAAUUCUGAUAAUACCUCUUGCUUGUCAGAAUAUAGCAUAGAUAGGUGUAUGUGUAGAAAACUAGCCUAUUAUACAAAUAUAAAAUUAACACUUGUUGCUCCAUCCGUUUUUGCUUCUGGCCCCACCACUGCCAUGUGGCCCUCAGAAGGUUGCCCAGAGGGAAAUGUGGCCCUUGGACUGCUCAAGGUUUCCCAACCUUGCCUUUAUGGAAUCCCUCCUUGCAACACAUGGAGAUUUUCCAAACUGACUGUGAAUGUGGAGGCACUUGUUCCUUGAGAAUAGGCAAAACUGGUUAGAUCAGGCCUGCAGAAGCUAUGGUCCCCCAGAUGUUGCUGGAGCACAACUCCCAUCAUCAGUGGCGAUCAGCCAUGUUGGCUGGCACUGAUGGGAGUUGGAGUUGCUCCAAAGAGAUGUGAACAAUGGGCAACAGAAGUGGAAUUAAAAUAAAAUACAGUAUAUGGAAUCAACAGCAGACCUCUUAGAAUAUCUAGGAAAUAGGAUCAUAGGAAACUGCAAAAUACAGAAUCAGGCCACUGGCACAUUCAGGCAAACUAUUGCCAACUAACAGCAGCCCUGCCUCCCUAGGCCUUCAUGCAGAGGCUUUCCCAGCUACCUGGGAGCCUUUAAUUGGAGACACCUGGACCUUCUACUUGCAAACUAUCGCAAUCUCCCAUAAAGGUAAAAAAAACCACUCCAACUUAUUUUAUUCAGAUGUGUUUCCAAAAGCAAAAUUGGAUAAGCAAAGAUGGCAUUUUCAAGGUAGCAUGUUCCAUACUGAGCCUGCCCUAGCAAAGCUCUGAUCACCUGCUUCCUUAAGACCUCUCUCUGUGGAAGGCUCGCCUUACAUUCCCUUUUUAAUGUGUUCAUAAUUGCUUUAAUUAAAACAAACAGUUUGAAAUAAGCCCGUUUUGCCCCAGUUGAAUUAAGUCUGUUUGAAGUUGAUUUUCCUGUCUGCACAUGACUUCAAAAGGUUCAAGGACAAGAACCCAAAAUAUGACAGCAUCUGUUUUAUACCUGCUGAUCCCCCAAACAACCCUAGCAACCAGUAACGGAUCAAGGAGGGAAGUUUCUGCAUACUGCCUCCAGUAUCGCAGCAUGAGAAUUGCAACGUAGGAAGAACCCCUACUGGAUCAGGCCCAAAGCCCAUCCAGUCCAACAUCCUGUUCUCGCAGUGGCCAAUCAGAUGCCUAUCGGGAGUCUAUGAACCUGCCAUGAACACAGUAGUGCUCUCCUGCUUGGUUUUGUUCCCCAGCUACUGGUGUUCAGUGGAAUGCUAAAUAGCUUUUCUUCUUUUAAUGCACGCCACUUAGAAAUGCUAAUGAUUAAGCAGUAUAUAAAUGUCUUAACCAACCAACCAACCAAAUGAAAUGAUGCCUCUGAUACUGGACUUAGUACAUAGCCACCAGGAACAGUAACCAUUAAGAGUCUUAACUUCCCAUGAGGUCUUUCCAAUAGCAGUCAGUAACUCUGGUGCUGUGCCCUGCCUCCCAGUUACCAAUGCAGAAUAUGUACGGUGUGCGAAGGGAAUGGUGGCUCUACCAAUCUGUCUUGCUGGCUGUCAACUUUGGGUGACCGCGGAAGCUUUGACCCUCCCAUUACCCUCCAUCACCUGUAAAACUAGGCAAUGGCAGAACAUCAUUUUACUCUUACUAGAGAUCUGCAGCUAAAGAAGUGCUCUGUUAGUUCAAAUCCAUUUGUGUACUUUAGCUGUAGCAUGGGAUGCACUACAUCUUGGCACUCACUGCCCCUUUCAGAUUGCCUGGUCACUAGUCUGGGAUAAUAAAUAAAACCACAGAUGGGAGAGUUCUAUGUAAUUCCUAGAGACACAAGAGACCCCUCAUGGCCUUAUGCCCUUCGCUUCCCUAUGAUCCCCUAUCUUUCCUCUCAUGCCUCUGUUUCUACUUCUUUCCCUUAGACUUCUGCACUCCACUCCACUGGAUACUCUGCCAUUUUCUUCUACUCAUGUACCUGGGAGUACAUUGCACUGAACUGACUGGGGCUUACUUCCCAGUAGACAUUGUAUAGCGUCACACAGUAACUCUCUUUUCUGUCAUUUGCCCCUUGAGGCUACAAGGCUCAGUGCAUGAAGUGACGCUCGGCUAUAAACAGCGCAAUAUUUUUCACAAUGCUGAUGAUUUUCUGUACUCAGCAGUCCUGCUGCUGACUGGGUGAGAUUCCAGGACAUGCUUAGAAAUGAGACAGAGGCCUCUUGAGUUCUGUAGCAGUAAAAUUAAUGUUGACCAUGAAUAGUCCAAAUUCCUGAUACUGUUUACACAAGCCCUUUCUAGAGAGAAACAGUACUCAGAGAGUGAGACAUGUUAAAUAUAUUGCACAGAGAAGGUUGUGAUUUUUUUUAAAAAAAGAACUUUGCAGAAGUCUGCAUUAAUAAAUGACAAACAAUUCCCCUUAAUCUUGUUUGUUUCGCAACAUACAAGGUGGGAGGUAUCAAUGCUAGCUUGAAUGUUCCUCUGUCAUUCCAUGUGAGCAUGAUAAUCUUGCACGUUCCCCUCUUAAAUACAACACACCUGUAAUACACAUCCAAUGUAUGUAUUAUCUUAUGAGGAAUACCAAGCAUAAUCACUUAGGUAACCCUUGGUUCUGUGGAGGAGCUGUAAAUAAGUAACAUGACUAAUAAUAAAAUUCACAUUCAGUCCCACUAAUUCAAUUGCUCCCACCAAUUAACCAAAACUUCAGAUCAAUCUACUGUAGGACUACAAGCUUGAAUUUCUACUUUUAAACCUAUUGUAGCAGCAUCUGUCCCAUGGUAGAACCGUAGCUAUUUCUGGUAAAUAACUCCAGGCUGCAAUUUAGAGGAAUGCCCAUUUGCUGGUCAUAUGGCUAGUCUUAAUUCUAGCGACCUGUGUCAUGAGGCUGUUAGUUUUCUUGCAGCUUAUCUGCCUCAUAAAACCACAAGAUGCUGUUUGUUCCCCAAGGAUAUGCAAUAAGCGCCAACCUGGAACAUGGAUUAGCACCAAGGCCUGGUGGCCUGACAGCAUUGUGUGUGCCUUUCUAACACUAGACCGGAGCUCUAGCCGGGGCUUCCUUUCAUUCUCAUGAACGCUAAUCUCACUUAAGUAAUCCUUUUAAGAAAUGGAGCUGGAAGAAAGAACUCCUUAAUGCCUGUUCCCCAGCAAGAUGCAGAGGAAAAAACACAUUUGGCUGAAAGUGGUGCAGGCCUAAUUGCGGGGAAACUAGGCUGAAAAGAAUUAGCAUGCCAUAUUCCUGAAAAGGAAAGCAGCCAAGAUGUUUUCAGCAAUUGCAAAAGGCAAAAAAUAAGAGUAAGAAUCUACCUAUCCAAGGGGUAUCUGUGUGCAGAGUUUCUAGAUUUUCUGUCCAGUACAAGGAAUGCUGUGGAAGAGUCACAUUAAGGGGUUAUUUCUUCAGUAAGACUUGAAUCUCUGACUGACUGUGGGACAACCACAUGUUACAUUUGCUACACAGCUAUGUUUCAAGUGCAUUUUAAAAACAUAAAUAUGGGACGCAGGUAGAAUCCUCAAUUGGGAGCACCUUCAUUCCUAGAAAGAGAUUCUUUGUUCUCUCACUAUGAUCAUUAAAAUUUCUAACUGGUAAGAGACUCCUUUCACUUUGUUCUGCUUAUCUACUGCCAAAGCGGGAGGGGGAGGAAGCCAGUUUCCUGAAGCCUGACACCCCUGGAACAAGAGAGAUCAACGCUUCUCUAAGUUGAUUCCUUCAGAUAUCUAACAAUUGCUCUCAUGUCUCUCCUUAAUUUUCUUUUCUGUGAUAAACACACCCCGCUGUUUCACUUAUUCCUCAUGGGAAUCAUAACAGCAAAAUGUUUAAGACUAAACUAUUCCCAGGAACACCAGUGCCUUGUAAGAUGGCUGAGUAAGUGAACAAUCCCCUUCCAAACAAGUUUAUUCCAUGCUCAAGGAAGCUGGGAUAAAGUGGUCUUGGUGACAGCACUCUUAGGGAUUCUGCUGGUCUUUUUUGUAUCUCCAAACAAAAGUGUACAGGAGUAUCAGUGCACAAAACAAGAAAAUCUCAUGUAUUCAAAGAUGGGCCUAAACCUAGGGGAUUAACAAUAGCAUUGUUCUAUUCAUAUUUUAUGUUCUUCAGACUGGGGGUCAGGUAAUUGCAUCAGUUCUAGGAGUGAAUAUAGGCGUAUGUGUGCUGCCACAUAUCACAUAAUUUUAGGAUAACUGAAAACCUGCUCCGAAUUAUCCUUGAAAAUCAUGGUAUUUCCCACCCCCCCAGCCUGCCAGUGCCAACAAGUUUAAUUUGUGCUCAUUUUGUUUGCAGCAACAGUACCUGCGUGAAAGGUGUGCAAAAUUUAAGAGACGUGCCCUGAAAAAAAGUCCGCUUAACACACAUCCUACAUUCUCGAAUUUACCAGGACUUGUGCAAAGGCAUGAGAGAGGGCUUGCACAUGAUUAAAUAUGUCUCAUUCCAGCAUUUAAGCAGUUAAAAACAGCAAGAAGGAGGAGAUUUGCUGGUGGCCGGACAGAGGAAAACCACCAGAUGUAGAAAAAUAAAUACUUCUACCUGACUUUGCAAGAGGGGAAGUGACUAGUAUGAAAAGGUAACAGAUAUUUGAGUUGGAGAGCUAAGCGGAUAUCUGGGUUAAAGCAACUAUUUUCUGUGACAUUGCUACAUCCCCUCUCAGGGAAAAAAAUAUUCCAGGCUUGGCCUUGUGGUUUGGCCCCUUAUGGACUUUCCAAGUCCCCUCUCCCAAUUUCCUACUUCCUGCCUUCCUCUUCUAACAGUGCUAAAAAUACCUUCUUUUGCUUUGCUUGUAACUUGAAAUAUGUACUUCGUAGUUUAAAGCUGUGAUUCUAUAUAUGCUUAUUUGGGAGAAGCCCCAUGGAACAAAAUUGCAUAGGACUGGGCUGUGCGCGCACACACACCUCUUUUUAAAAAACCUACUCUGAGCCUUUAGGAUCAAAUUAGAUGCAGUGAGUUUCUUUUCACAUGUCUGCCCUGCUUAUUUUACUUUUUUAAUGACUAUACCUCCCUUCAGCCAACGACUCCCAGGGAGGUUCAUAAUAACAGUCCAACUAAGUAAUACACAAUGCAAUGUAACAAGAAAUAGCAUAGCUGAAAGGAGAAGAUUUGAAAAGGCCAGUGUUCAAAACUUAGAAAGACCUGGGAGAAUUAAAAGGAUUGUCACCUGGCACCUAAAAUAUAACAAAGAAGAUGUCAGGCGAGACUACUUGGGGAAGGAACUCCAUAAACAGGUUCCACCACUGAAAACGCCCUGUCUCCACCUUGAGAUGGUGAGGGCACUGAGUGGACAGCCUCUUGAGGAUCCUGAUGAAUGAAUAGAGUGAUAUGGAAACAUACCUGCAAUAUUCUAUCUAGGCCAGCAGGGUUUGAAGGUCAACAGAAAGGGACUGGCGAAGCAAAGGUGGUCUAACAUUAGCAGUGAAAUUAGCAGUAAAAUGAGCAUCUACGAAUAGGGAUGGACAAAUCUGUCAAUUUCAGUUUCUCAUUUUCCAACUGUAAGUUUGGUUUGCCCUAUGGAACAAACUCAUUUGAGAGGUGGGGGACUUUCCCUCGUUGGAACUUUUAAAGCAGAGGUUGGAUGCCCACCUGUCAUGUAUGAUUUAGUUGACAUUCCUGCAUUACAUGGGGUUGGACUAGAUGGCUUCCCAUCUCUACCGUUACAGUGGUACCUCGGGUUAAGAACUUAAUUCGUUCUGGAGGUCUGUUCUUAACCUGAAACUGUUCUUAACCUGAAGCACUACUUUAGCUAAUGGGGCCUCCCGCUGCUGCCGCGCCGCCGGAGCACGAUUUCUGGUCUCAUCCUGAAGCAAAGUUCUUAACCUGAGGUAAUAUUUCUGGGUUGGUGGAGUCUGUAACCUGAAGCAUAUAUAACACGAGGUACCACUGUAUAUGAUUCUAUAUAUUUGUGAAUUUCUUUUAAGUACUGUAUUUUUCGCUCUAUAAGACGCACCAGACCACAAGACGCACCUAGUUUUUGGAGGAGGAAAACAAGAAAAAACAAAUUCUGAAUCUCAGAAGCCAGAACAGCAAGAGGGAUCGCUGCACAGUGAAAGCAGCAAUCCCUCUUGCUGUUCUGGCUUCUGGGAUAGCUGCGCAGCCUGCAUUCGCUCCAUAAGACGCACACACAUUUCCCCUUACUUUUUAGGAGGGAAAAAGUGAGUCUUAUAGAGCAAAAAAUAUGGUAUACAUGAUAAUUCAGAUACAUUUUCAUGUGGAUUUAUCUUAAUGUAUGCAUCUCCCUCCCUAAUUUUACCCUAGCAGAAUGAAUCUUUUAUAUGUUAAUUUCACAAAGAUUACAUUCUUUGCAUGCAUUUGUCACGGAUGUACACAUUUUUAAAGUGUUAUUUGGUUGGAGAGUCACACUGCAUAAUUUGGAGCUGCAAAUUUUGAAGGAGAGAUGCGUUUUGGUGUGCAUAUUGGUUUGGGAACCCCACCCCUAUCUUGGAGAUGAAUACUUUGCCCCUCCCACACCAUAUUUCUCCUCAGUGCCCAUUGUUCCAGACACUUUCCCCCACUGCAGCUCAGUUCCAGGAUCAGAGCUUAGAAUGGAGAAGAGUACUUAUUGUGAAGAGGUGAAGCGUGGGAGCAGGAGAGGUUCAGCUCCCCUUCUUUGCACAUGCCUUAUGGUUAAAGUAAGACCUCUUCUCACUUUAUAUGUGAACAGGAUGGGCAAGUGAAUGAUAUCCCUAUUCUUUUUAGUUGGGCCUUUAUAUCCCUUUUAUAGCUAAAGGUUUUCUUGCAGUGUAUUGAACUAACCUGGAGACUAGAUUUCAGAUUGUCUCACCAGCAACUGCUUUUGCUAAGUAGUUUGUAAAUUUGUAAGCAACGCACCUCCUUCUGCAAAUAAUGUAAUAUUAUAGACACUCCCAGUCAUCAUACUUAAAUAUGCAUGUGAAUCAUUCAACCUCCAGGUGUGGGAACAUUUUUCAGAUUCUCAGGCACCAUUCAACAGUUUGUGUGUGUGUGUGUUGAGAGACAGAGAGAGAGAGAUUGGCAUCCAGGUUCCUGGGAUUUUUCCAGCCUUGAAAAUUAUUUACAAAUGCAACAAGAUAGUGACCUAGUCACAAAGUUGUUUACAUCCAAGUGGAAAAGAUAUUAUCCAGCAGAGGCUUGGAAGCAGUUUCAGCGGCUCAAGGUCUCUAUUCAAUUUAUAACCUUUUGUUUUAAUGUUCUUUCUGUUAAAGUCAUAGGUUUUCUUUUAGGGCAAAGAUGAGAAGAUCAGUGGGGAGAAAUUUAAAGAGUAAUAAAUUUGCUAUGGCAUAAGCUUUCAUAUACUACAUCAGAUGCAUUAAGUGUUAUCCUUAGUUGCAACUGCAAGUUCACAUACAUAGCAGGGCAAGGGGAUUUUAAAAAGUACAGACAGUGCUAAUUCAAUGAGAGCUUGAACAUAUGGAAAAUAAAUUCAUAACAGUGCUGGUAGGUGGUAAUACAAUUAAUUUAGUAAUGUUGAAACUGACAUCUGUAGUGGGACAGCAAACCAUUGAUUCUGUUCAGACCUCAGCGAAAAGAACCGAACUUAAUAAAUUGUAAUUCCAUAGUAGAUUUGGAGACAGAGUAGGCAUCUGCAUCUGUUGCACAUUCUGCUUCCUGUCUAUUACAUAAUUGUCAUUAUCUAUACUUUCUGCAUUUCAUUUCUCUCUUUUUGCUGUUUAUAUAUACCUCCAUUCAUAUACCUGCAACUGAGGAUAGCAGAUACAGUGGUACCUCAGGUUAAGUACUUAAUUCGUUCCGGAGGUCCAUUCUUAACCUGAAACUGUUCUUAACCUGAAGACCACUUUAGCAAAUCGGGCCUCCUGCUGCCGCCGCGCCGCCGGAGCACGAUUUCUGUUCUCAUCCUGAAGCAAAGUUCUUAACCCGAGGUAAUAUUUCUGGGUUAGCGGAGUCUGUAACCUGAAGCGUAUGUAACCCGAGGUACCACUGUAUAUUUCUGAUGAAGCGCAAUCUAGUCCAUAAAAAUUUAUACCAUAACAAACUUGUUAGAUGUUUAAGGUACAAGAUUAUUUGAUGGUUUUGCAACAACACAGAACCAACACAGCUACCCACUUGCAAAUUGUAUUUUUGGCCAGGGGUGGGUUAGGGUUAACCCCCAAGAGUGAAGCUGAUUUUUUUCCUGGCCAGAUUUGCUGGAAAUUAAAUUAUUUCCAGCACUGUGGAAACAGUGUUUAUCUUGUUUAUUGUCAAAUGAAUUUUCUGAAGCUUAGCAGAAUGCUCAGAAAGCAAGGUACGUCAACACUUUUGGGAACCCGGCACAACAUAAAGCACCAGCAUGUAUGCACACAGCCUGCCUUUCAGGGUCAGAUGUGUUCUCAAUAUCAUUGCAUUCCUUUCAUUUUGCAAAACAGCAGUCUAACGCUUUGACAAUACUCAGUAAAUACUUGGUGACAGAGUCUGUCUUGGGCCAUUCAGAUGCCUCAUUUAGGUCCUUCCACGGACCAUUUCAAGCACGGUAUUAAUAGCACUAGCAGACAGCACCUGUGUGUAUGUCUGGAUGGGAAUGGUGUGGUAGUCAGAAAAAAACACACCCAAAUAGAUAGGUUCCUUCCUCUGGGAUAUUCCUGAUAUGCCUGCUUCCUUCUGGAAGGUAAGCUAUAAAUGAGGAAUGCCUUGUCUCCCCACAUCAAUGAGCAGCAUGGUGAAUAUUUCCAGCCUGUCCUCUAUAAUUCAUUUAAUUAUAAUUGUACACAUUAAUUAAUUCAUUUUAUUUAUGCCCCUGUCUUCCUCUAGAAGACUUUCCUGGUCGUCCCUUGUGCUGUUAAACAGCUGUUUAAUUUGCAGAAAUCAGCAAGGAGAGCUUUUCAUGACAUGCUGAAAUGCCUUCUCAUCCUUUGCCAGUGGCUGCAGGUUGAGGUGCAUGGCAGCAGGGACUAAUAAAAAUGUGGGCAUCUAUAGCCAAGGAGCUCAGAGCACCCUGCCUCAAAUUCUACCUUAGCCCAAUUUCUCCCACUAUUUUCUUCAAAAACAUCCUAUUCUCCCACUCAAUUUUUGAUUCAAUGUAUCUCUACCUCCACUGUGUUCCUUUAUUCCAUCGCUCUCCUUCAUGUGUUUAGUUAGAUUUGAAGCCUGCAAAUAGGGAGGAGACAUUUCUUUUUGACUCUUACGUUGUAAUGCGCCUUAAGUAUCAUUCAGAUGCUUAUAGCUGCCUCUCAUUCAAGCAGCUUACAAGGUCAGAUCUGCUUAGCCUCAAUGGCAGAACCAAACUUAGGGUGGCCAAAAUGGAGGACACAAGAGGAUAGCCAUAUGUCUGUACUUUCCCUGACAUUAUUUUACUUUAUGGCAACCCUAAUAAAUACAUCUCACUGUAGUGGGGAAGACUGAUGAGGUGACAUAUGCUUGCUCCCUCUGCUCUCCUUAAAUCAGACUUUGACGAGGCAGUAUUUCAAAUAAAGGACUGAGAAAUAGGACAGAUAGCCAAGCUAAACUAACCCCCAAAAUCAUUUUCGGUUCCAGGGCUCAGACCUAGAACUGGAACAUGUGAUUUAUUAAUGAAGAGGAAUAUGCUGCUGAGUAUAUGCAAAAAAAGCAUUUCUCACCUUAUGAAAUAACCCCUACCACAUCCUAGUUAUCUAAGGCAAGGAUGAGGAACCUGUAGCCCUCUAGGUGCUGUUUGACUACAGCUCCCACCAUAGCUGUCUAUGGGCCCUGCUGGUGGGGGCUGAAGGGAGUUGCAGUCUAAGGAGCGUCUCCACCCCCAUCGUUCUGCCUGGACACUGAGGUCCAGCGCCGAGGGCCUUCUGGCAGUUCCCUCACUGCAAGAAGCCAAGUGACAGGGAACCAGGCAGAGGGCCUUCUCGGUAGUGGCACCCACCCUGCAUAACGCCCUCCCACCAGAUGUCAAAGAGAAGAACAACUACCAGACUUUUAGAAGACAUCUGAAGGCAGCCCUGUUUAGGGAAGCUUUUAAUGUUUAACAGACCACUGUAUUUUAAUACUUUGCUGGAAGCUGCCCAGGGUGGCUGGGGAGACCCAGCCAGAUGGGUGGGGUAUAAAUAAUAUAUUAUUAUUACUAUUAUUAUUAUUAUUAUUACAGCAUCAGGAGGGCCACAUGUUUCCCAUUCCUGAUCUAGGUGUCCAGACAGGUUGAAGCCUCUCUAUCUCUCCUUUUAGAAAUUAAGCACCUGUGGUGAUCCAAUACAUUAUUAUACAGUGAUUCCACUGCUGUAAAAGGUUGGGGUUAGGCAGUGCUGUUUUUCUACAAAAAGAGGUGCCAGAGCACACCAUGAACACCUUUUUCGUUCUCUUAGAAUGGCAAUGGCACCCACUGGAGAGGUGCUGGAACUGAGUUCCUGUGAGUUCCCCCUGAAAAAAGCCCUGGGGUUAUAUAAAAAUAGGGUUUGUUGGCAUUUGUUACUAUUACAGAAAAAUCAGAAUCUGACAUGUACAGUAUUGUGCAGGUAAUAAAAGUUUAGACUGCAAUUCUUUACACACUUAACUUGUAGUUACGUUCCACAGAACAUAAUGGGACUUACUUCUGAGUGGACAUGGAUAGGUGGGCAUGGCUAGUCAUGGAACUAACCAUGCCCACCUUUGAAUACUUGUUACCACUGGUAUUCUGGAUCAAAUCCUGUAGUUCCAUCAUUCAAAUCCUGAUUUGGAAUUUUAUGAAGGUGCAGUAUAGAGCAUGUCUUAUGAUAAUGACAUUCUUUGAAUAUUUGAGCCUUUCUGUACCAAACCAUCUGCAUUCCUGCAGCAUUUCUGGCAUCUUUGUGCUAUAGUUUAACCCUUCCAUGCUGAAGCACCACAGUUUUCAUAAGAACCAAACUACCUGUAGUCUUCUUGUGCUCUUUUAUCCUUCCCCCCCCUGCAAACCAUUUUUAUUAUCAAGAGACAGAUGCACAUGUGCAGGAGUGACGAUUUAUAAACCUCAGAAAUGGGGGAAAAAACCCAACAACACCCUAUGCUAUAGUAUGAGCCUGAGCACAACGCAUGUGUGUUUUGUGGGAUGGGGGGUGGAAUUCCAAAAGCAAGCAAUUGGCAAAUGGGAACAGCUAAAACUCCAAGAGGCAGAAGGAGUUUCUGAGGAUAUCCGCUAUUCAGGGUUGGGAAAUUGCAAUACAGCAUGAGGGGCUUACACAUGCUGUAUUAUUUACUCUCUAAUACAUAUAUACAUGCAUGCACGCGCGCGCGCGCGCACACACACACACACACACACACACAGAGUGUGUGCUCUGUGCAGUACAUUUUAUUCCUUCCUAGUCUGUCUUUUGAAAUCAACACUGCCAAGUUCUCCUUUUUACCCUAUUAAAUCAUGCUAUCCUCUCUAAAUGCCACUUUUCAUUUUAAAAGGAACUUUAUGAAUGUAUCUUAGUUUCUGCACCAGUUUGUGAAGUUUGUAUGGGGCAGGAGUGUCAUUAUUUUGCUGCCCUCUGUGUUUAUUUAUGGAAACUAUUUUGCUUUUGACUUUUGAGGGCCCCAGCGCUUGGAAAAAUGCAGGCAGUCUGAUCCUCAAUGUAUUUGGCUCUAUAGGGCACACUGCAAGUGAAAGCAGCUCUGUUCUGGCCCCAAUGCCAGUGUCCCAUGACACAAGUCGCAUGUUCAGGGAUCAUAUUUCCCAAUAAUAUAUGAAAGAAUAUUAUUCAAUGUUACUUACUCAAAUCUUCUGAUAAACUGAAUUCACUCUGCUCUACCAGGCAGACCUUUGUAACUCUAACCAGAUGUAAAUUACCCUCCCAUUAACAUUUUAAACAUGUUGAAGUCACCACCACUUGGGGAUAAGUUAGACUUUUUAGUACGGGAGUGUUGGCUCAGGAUUACUAGAACUCUAACACAGGGUUUAAGACAGUAGUGUUUGCUCUCAGCUGCCAACAUUUUUCUUGCAGAACUCCUCUGCUUUUCAUAGCACAGGCGAAAUAAUUCUGAUGCCUUCUUCCCGACACCAAAAAACAAAACAAAAAAACCACCUCAAGACUAUUUUCUCCAAUCAGUGUCAUAGCCCAAAUUGACUAGGAUUGAAGUAAGAAAAUGAAGUAUUUGCAUUUCUUGUGUAAAUCUUUUUUUCUGAUCAGUCAAGCUCCAUCUCUUGGUUAACAGUGAGUUCUGUUUGGCGUUGCCAACUUUCUGUUUGCCUUUUUUCUGCUUUUAAAAUGUGCAUGUUAACCAGACAUUCAGCAGCUAAAGCUUCCCUAUCACUCAGUGUCUAUGCCGACACAAGCUGCACCUAUUGGAUUUCUGCCUGUCAUUAGGCUUGCCAGCCUCUCCCACCCACCCAUAUACACCUGUAUGAAAAAUGGCGUGGUGGUGGAGAAAUAAGCUGGUGAAAUUUUCCCUGACAUGCAGAUAUAGCAAUAGAAAAACUUUAUCUGCUAAAUUUCUGCUUUUCUUACACAGCUGUUAAGAUGCACAGGAGCUCUGCCAAACAGAAAAUAAAAGGUAGAAACCUGAUGUGUCUUGUAGCGAUUAUCAGUAUAGGAACCUUGCCAGCAAUGAGGAAAAUCCAGCAAUAUUAGCUCUUAUGUUCUGGCUUGUCUUAGUGACACACAGUUACACUCAGACUUUUAUUUCUUGGGUGACUGAGGUUUUCUAAGGUCCUUGUGGUGGCAGCUUAUCAGCUACAUCAAGGAAGUUGGAGAAUACAGUAAGAAAAAUCCAUGGGGUUAUGUAGGUAAGGCAACUCACCUAGAUGCUCUUUCAUAGCUAUCCAAACUGCCUUUAACCUGGGUUGUUGCCCAAGCCCUGGGGCUAUUUUCCAUGGCCUUGGCAUGCUUGUUGAACAUCCUAGCCUGGGUGCCUGCCACUUUCUGCAGGUAUUGUCAUCACUCGGCAAUGACCUUGAUGACUUCCUGAACUGCUCAGCUGUCUGUUUCGCUGUCUGAUCAUAUUGCUAAUUAACUGGAACGCUGAUCCCCCCCUCCCCACAACACACAACCCUUUAUGCUGUGCACGGUAUGUGAAUGCAACCAGGAAACUUUUCCCGUGCCCUGGAAGGUGCACCAUGACCCCUGGCUGAGUAGGAGUGAAAGAGUCGCUGCGCAAUGGCUUAGCCAGCUUUUUAUUUUUGUUAAUAGGUUAAUUAAAAUUCCGCCUUCCUCUUCACCCUAUAGUUAUACUUCAGCCUUGGAAGGGAGGGUGCUCCGGAGGGCACAGCUGCAGGGCAACCUUUGCGGGUUUCCAUGGGAAGACUGCAAGGGCCAAGUCUUACUUUACUUUUUGUGUGUGCGCGCGCACGUGCACGCUCUGUUAUGCAUAUCCAAAGAGGGGAAAAAUUAAUGUGUGUGCCACAUUAGAUGUGAUGUGCACAUUAAUGCAUUUCUGGGAACAGAUCCCUUUAAACUCCAUGAAAGGGGUGAGAUGGGGAAGAAGUCACAUAUAUUUUAAAGGAAUGACCCCAUACGUGAAUUUGCACUAUGUCUGAUGCAGCAUGCAUCUUUGAGAACUCACAACUACUCAGCUAAAAGACACCUGAGAUAUAUAUUAGGGACCCAUUCUGCUCUGUUGGCUGUAAUUUGUUUUAGCUGGUAUUUAACUUUGAUUUAUUUUUAAUGGUGAACAGCAGAUCACAAAUCUUUGCUGUAAAUUGACCUGGGUUCUAUAAAACGGGAAUACCGACUUGUUCUGAGGCGUUUUGUAAGAACUGGUAAAACACACACACAUUCUGCAUAGCAAAUUGCAGCAAACAAGCAACAAACAAACAAAUUUUGCACACUGAGGAUGUAGCUAUGUGGUAACCUUUAGUUCAGCACAUUAGUAGAAAACUAAAAGGUGGGGGGGAAUGCAUGUUCCUGGGAAAAGAGAUAGUUCCUCACUCCAUACACCUACAGAAUCUAGCCUGCAAAACUAAUUUAGGGUUGCCAGUUUAGCAUCACAAAAAGAGGACAAACGUUGGGGGUGUGUGCAAAUGCUAAUAUAUAUAUAUAGAUGCAAAUUUAGAAAUAAUUACUAGAAUUGAAAUUGAAAUAUGUCAUGCCAUUGCAGGCCAAGACUGACUAGCUGACCCUUGUGCUGGCUUAGUUUUCAUGGGCAACUUCAAGGUCCCUGUUGCUCUCCCUUCUUCUUUGGGCUGGCCUCUGUAAAGUGGGACACAUGGCCACCCUAUACUCAGUGAUUCACUUGCUACUCCCAACUGGGAUAGUUGGGGACUGGCAAAGGACCGGCACCAGCUGAAAUUGUCAUUUGUAAAGACAGGAGGAAUUGAAGGUCUUUAGACAGAGGCUGAAAUGCUCCUACCUGUUAGGGAUGCUCUAGCAGGGGGUUGAGAUAAAUGGGAAAGGUGUGUGUAAACCAGCAGUACAGCUUAAGAAGAAACAACAGCAUCUAUUAGAGCUGAAAGUAGAUUAAAAAGUAAGAUACAUGAUUUAGUCAUAGGCUAACUCUCUGGGGGGAGAGUUCCACAGAUGGGUGCCACCACUGAGAAGGUCAUCUCUGAAGCAACAUGAAAGGACUUUGUACACACGGAAGUACCAAGACUGGUGGCAUGUCACAAUAUGAGUCACAGGGCUUGUGACAAACAUUUUAUCCAGCACCAAAAAUGGUCAGCUGAUAUCUUUAUCUUGAGCCCAGAUUGUCAUGUCGCCAAUUGUUAGGGAUGCAUUUUAGUAGGCGUGUGGUGAUUCACAGUCUGGGUGUUCUGAAAAUUUGAACUUUCUGCCUGUCAAGCGGAUUCUCUGGUAAUAAUUACCCAGAUGUGCAGACAUUCAGGAAAUGCACCUAGAAGGUUUCCCUGUUUUGGAAAACUUAAUGAUCCUUGUAACCUGCAUUCUCAUCCACCAAGACUCAGAGACAGUCUUACGUGCUAUGUAAAGAUUAUUUUCUUUUAGCAAUGUAAGGGACAUUUCCCACUGGAGCCAAGAAAGCACAGCUUCCUAACGGAAUAAAGGGGCCUCCAGACUGUCUCAAGCUCAUAACAGAACCUUAGGUUUUCACAAUUAAAACUGAUUAAAGGGCUUUGUUGCCCUAGAGCACACCAUACAUUUAAAGCACAUCACUUCCCCCCCCAAUAAUUCUGGGAACUGUAGUUUACCCACCACAGAGCUAAAUUCUCAGCACCCUUUAAAAACUACGGUUCCCAGGAUUCUUUGGGAGAAGUGGUGUGCUUUAAAUGUAUGGUGCGAGCAACAAUCUACUUUAAAAGAAGGAUUGGACUUUUGCAGUUUAGAAUGUGUGGGAUGCACAGAAAUCAGGAUAAAUGCUCAACAAAUAGGUAUUAGAAAUCAGGAUAAAUUUAUAGCAAAAGCAACAAGAGUCCAUCAAAAGGUCAUUGCACACGGCCCUCUUUAAGUUUGUAAGCUUUGGUGUGUCCAGUUAAUUCCAUUUGUUGUAAAACAAUAACCACCAGAUAGGAAUGUACUGGCACAAGGAUGUUUGAAGUGACGUCUGAAGCCAAUAACUAUUUAAAGUUGCAAAGCAUGUGCACUCUCCCUUUCCAGUGCUGGAGUACAUAAUGGUUAUGACUCUCUGUCUGUUCAUUUAAAACAGGAAUCGGUAACCUAUGGCCCGCCUGAUGUUGUUGAAUUCCAACUCCCAUCAGCCCAGCCAACAUGGCCAAUGGUCUGGGAUGAUGGAAGGAGUCUGUCAACAUUUGGCAGGUCAAAGGUUCCCCAUUUCUGGUUUAAAAAGUGAGACCAAACAGGUUGUUUUCCUCUUGCAGCCAGACCACUCUGUAUGAUGACAGUAUAAUAAUCCACUUGUUAUUUCUGUAAAUUUAGUAUUUAGGGGAAAGUGUGGUAGGACAGGGUUGGUAACCAUCUAGAUAAGCCCACAGCGUGUUUAAGUGUCAGCCUAUUCUCAGGUCCCAUGCAAAUAGAAAAUGCAGAGCAGGGUGUGCAUAAGUUGUGUUCUAGUUAAAGAUAUAUAUGUAUGUGUUCCUUAUGGCUUGGACAGCUGCUUAAUCUAUCAACUUGGGCAGGUUUUCUAAUAUGCAGGAAGGAAUUUGUGGGGCCCACCCAAUCCCCCUGAAGUCCUUACAUGUUUCCAAACACCUCUUCGGCUAACCGCUGUAGAUGCUACGUGCAAAAAUGUGUGCAAAACAUGUGAUCAGUAAAGUCUAGUCUCCUUCCAGAAAUCCUGGCACUCUUCCCAGUGGGGUGAGGUUUUGGAGAAAGGAGAGAUGGCCCUCUGACAUGCCAGUGAAGAACUACUCGGAGCUUGGGACUCAGACACUUUCUCUUGGAAAAGGUCAUACUGGAAAGGUCAAGAAGAUGGCCCGGUUUCUUGGGUUUUGUGGGAAAUUCACUCCCAGUGAGCCGAUGCAGAACCUUUACUUAGAUACCUACCCAUUUAGAUCUAGGCAUAUGGUAGGACUGCAGGUGGUAUUAUAAGUUUGGGAACGGAAGUAAGCAGAGGAAAUCAACAGUUUAUAUGAGAGAAUUACAGGUUUCCUAUAAAGAGAGCCAAUGAGACAGGGAAUAACUGGUAUUUAGAACACUAUUCAAAACCCAGCACCCUGCAAUUUAAAUACUGGUUUGUUAAAAUGAAAGUUUUGUCUUACUUGCUCUGCAUGUUAUAAUAAACCUGUAAUUCUUCUAUAAGGAAAAAGUGAUGCCUCUUAAGUAGUUAAAUACCUUCUUGCGGCAACAUUACCCUACACACUCUUUACUGCCUUGCCAGUUGCUUUGAUGUUUAGCCUAUAGUUUAUGGUCAGAGGGGCAAUGUGGUAUUUUACUUAAAUAGUGGACAUGGAACAUGUUACCCUUUCUGCACACUUUUCCUUCCAAAUUACACUUCAUUGAAAAGAAGAAGAAGCAAUCUUUGUUUAUAUGCUCCAAUUUGUUUGCCAUAUAAUGGCUCACUGGAUGGCUUGGGUAACAAUCAAUACCAGAUGCACGUUUCAGGAAGGCAAUAAGUGAUCCCACAGUAGUAAGUUCUCAGUGCACCAGCUCAUUUCAUUGAAACGGCAUAUGGUUUUUGUUGGCCUUAAUUGGUCUUCCUAUUGGCUCUUGAAAUGAAACACUUAGGUAUGUGGGUGCCUUGAAACAAGUCAAUAGAUGUGUGAGAAUAUGCAUCAUACACAUCAGGCCGAAUCCCGUCUCUUUGCUGCUUUUUUCCUUCCCAGUAAAGAAGGGGGAAAAAACACUUUGAUGUGCAAAGAAAUGGAUGGAAUGAAGAAGAGACUGUUGGCUGUGUAAAAAGAGGCAAUGGUUUGUGAAUUUACUGAAAUGUGGUAAAUGGAUAGGAUCCAAUAGAACAGUGGGUCACAUUGACAUGAAACUGAUUCAAAUACAGUGGUACCUCGGGUUACAUACGCUUCAGGUUAUAGCCUCCGCUAACCCAGAAAUAGUGCUUCAGGUUAAGAACUUUGCUUCAGGAUGAGAACAGAAAUCGUGCUCCGGCAGUGCAGCAGCAGCAGGAGGCCCCAUUAGCUAAAGUGGUGCUUCAGGUUAAGAACAGUUUCAGGUUAAGAACGGACCUCCGGAACGAAUUAAGUACUUAACCCGAGGUACCACUGUACACAGGUGGAAGCACAUACUAAAUAUUAUCAUUGGCCUGUAUCAUAAUGAAGUGCAUACAGAGGAUCACUUGUUUGAAAGCUGCCUUAAACUAAGAUGUCCAUGCAUGUAAGAAAUGUACACAUUGAGGAAAAAUCACCACACAUAUCUCCCCAUAUUUAAAUUUAGCUCUGUCUGUUGAAAGGCUAAGUCUAAGUUUUGACCAAAGUACAACAACCUAAGUUUUUUGUUGUAAGAGGCGCCAGCUUGAUUUUGUAUCCUGCAUCAGGGCAAGACUGGGCUGGCAGCACUCAGAAGACAGUUGGACCUGAAGAGCACACUGAAAUAUUAUUUAUUGACCUUAUGUCCCACACCUCCCUCUAGAAGGAGCCCUGGGUGGCAAUACACAAGAAUACACCAGAACUGAGAAAACAGCUGCUUCUCAUGCAAAGUUGUACCCCAAAUAGGAAACCUUCCUGUCUGGGAGGGUCCUGUGGCUAGUGUGGGUGUGGCCAGUCCAAAGUCUGAGAAUACCCCACUGCUUGGGGAGACGCUCCAACCUCGAGAUUUGUGACUCAAUUACAAGGGACUGUUGCACACAGAACCAGGGGUUCUUGGUUCUAGCCAUGGUAGUUCCAGCCAUACUGUAUACCCUCUGAAUCUUAUCUUCUUCCGGUAUGUCAUAGUCUCUUUACCCAGAGGUUUCGCCUGCCAACUUUAUGAAUCUCAUCACAAACAUGUUUUUUAUCUUUGAUGAAGGCCAAGAGCUGUAGCCCUUCCCCUUGUUUGACACUUCAAACUUUAUGAAGAAGCAUGUUUUUAAUGCAUUUCCUGGCAAAGUCCAAAUAGGAAAAUGUAAUAUCACAAAUGCAGAGAGGCAACUUUUUGAACUGACAGCCUUCCCUCUGUUUUUUUUUUUUAAUACUGCCAACUCAGUAUGCCAAUUAUCUAGAUUCUUCCCAGCAUACACAACACAUUUUUGUUUGAGUCUGUCUUCCCAUCCAUCGUACUUGGACGCUUUCCUUUCAUUCUGCCCAAAUCAUGCUCCUUUUCAUACUGUUCUGGUUAAAUCCAUAGUUAGUUCAGGGUACUUGGAAUAUACAUGCUCUGGCUAACAACAUAUGCUUUACUUUUAUGGCCCAGGUAGCUGCCUCCUAUGUGCUGUUCUCUCAAACAGGCUCUGAAUAUUUUCUGUUCCCUGUAGAAUGAAGGAAAGCUUUUAUACAGCUUACGAUAAGACCUCUCUCAUUUGUCUUAGCCUGGUUUUACUGCUUCCUUUAUCUCUGCCACCUGUGUGCCACAAAGCAUUCACAGCAAAUACCCUUCUUCAGGCACAAACCAAGCUGCAUGCAAAAAUUAAAGCCCUAAGUUAGCAGGCUGUUAUGGGGAGCUCCAUUGAGGAACUCACUGGGUGGAUGAGUUCACACAAUGAUUUAAUUGCAUCUAGAACCUGCUUAUGUGGAAUCAUUAUUGUGGAUCAGAUCAGUCUCUCUUUUUUUUAAGCACCAGCUAAAACCAGUUGUUGUAUUUUGCUUUAGUUUUAUGUUGCCAAUUUUUGUUUUAAUAAAUAUGUAUUUUCUGCCCUGGGACCUUUGUGUGAAAGGUGUACUAUGAAUGCUCUAAAUAAAAUAAAAGUUACAGUAUAAGAUAAAUCAUGCAGGACCUUCACAAUUAGGUCUCUGUAUGUUUUUUCGUUGUUGUUUUUUAUUACUUAAAAAGGGUUAUAAAUAGUGGCAGCAGAGGACAGGGUCUUUAACCCUUUCCCCAUAAUAUAGUACUUUUUCCAAUCCAAAUCCCCCCCCCCCAUAUUCUCUUAGCACAACAGACAAAUAUAGGGACACACAGAGUACACAGCUACUGAAAGAAAGGUUAACAUAGAGAGAAUUUUUGAGCUAUAUUCCCAAUGCUGUGGUUCUGUUUGCGCAACAGACUUCCAUGUGCAAAACAGAGCUUCCGCUUCCUCGUCUGCUCUGCACACCUCAAAACUUGCUCCAGAUUAUUGUGAAAUACUCUGGAGGAGAUUUGGGGGGGGCAUGAGGGAGGAAAGGAAGGGGAAAUGGUGUUGCACAAGCAAGACUCCUCUCACACAGUGUUGGAUACAACUCUCUCCAUCUUCAUUUAUCAACAAUCUAUUGCAAUAUAAUUCUAUUCCAGUAUGUAAGUGCUUUGAUAAUACUUUGCUUCCUAACCCAUUAUAUUCUGUAAAAGUAUACAUGGUGUGGAAAAGGCCAAUAGGGAAGACAGACAAGAGCAAGUACUAGUUUACACAGUCCAUUAUUAUACUACACGGUUCACUACCACAGGGUAUAUUGAUGGCCACCACAUCUCCCAUCAGCCACCUCCCAUCUGUUUUUUUUUAAAGCUGUAUUUAUGAUAAAUUAACAGUUAAUUUAACAUAAAUGCAGUUUCUCUAAACCAUGAGGAGCUAUAGUCCAAACAUCUAGAUGUUUAAUUUAAUAUAAAUACAGCUUUUAUAAAACCAUGCCUUUCAGGAACUUCUGAUACAGAUCUCUAGCUACAGAAGUGAGGUCACAUUAGAAUCUCUAAUGAAAACCGUAGGGAGUGUAAAAACAACAACACCCCUUGGCAUUUGUUAACUAGUGAAUGUUUAACUGUUCACUGAUUCUUUUUUAAAAAGUAUUUAUUUUUUCCCCCUAGAAAUAGUAUAGAUAAACUAAACAAAAUGAAAACAUAAAUUAAAGAAGACAAAAAACAAUCACGCAUAUUAGAACCCCAGCUGGGUACUUGUUUUUUCAAACCAAAUUGGAGGCAUGGGGCCCUAAUCCAGACCACAACAGGGGGUGGGGACUGAGGGUAAAGCCCUCUGCUUGCACAGUAGGGUCCUCAUCUGGACUGGACCCCCUGUACUUGCAAGUAAUAAAAGUAAAAGCUUGCACUCAGUGGCAAACUAUGUGAUUAGUGUCAUAUAGAAUUUGGCCCUUAGUGACAGUUUUCAUCAAUUUUGGGCAGGGACCAAUGAGAAUGAUUUCCUGCAUGUACGGCAGAGUGUCCCAGAAAAAUAGGUUCACCCGUUUCCCACUGAUGAUUCCCAUACUUAUUGUUGGGCAAUAUGGGACUCUAUCAGGGUGAGCCCGAAUACACAUGCACAGAAUUGCCAUCUGAUGAACAAGGCUUAUCAGAAUGAUCACUAUAAUGGAUUUCUUCUUGCCAAAACAGUGCUUUAGCCACACUGAUUCUUCAGAAAUAUGAGAACUUUUCAGUGGCUUCUUGCGCCCUCUGGUCAUAGGUGCUUCUAAAAACAGAGCUUGCCCAAGAUGUUUUGCUGGUUGAGGUGGAGCAACAACUGGUACCCAUAAUCCGCACUCACCAAAACCAAGGUGUGUAAAACCCAAGACCAGCCAAGUUAUUUUGCCACCUGUGGCAGUAAAUCCUAGAAGCCCCAUUUCCGCCCUUUCCCUGGCAGUAAAAUAUAAUGAUAACAAAUUAAAUAACCACCAAUUUGCUGUCCUUUCAGGACACCUGAAAUCUGCUUCCUUACUGUGCCUAAUGGCAGGGCCGGUGCUAUCCAAAAAUGUUGCUCAGUUGCAAUCCUUUUCUUAGGCGAGCCUUUAAAAAUUGUAUGGUCUGAGCAGUUCAGUCCUAUGUAGGUUUUUAAGGCUUCCACCUGUACCUUCCUUUGCAGAAGUUACAUUAUGUGCCUGGCAAGAACACAGCUGGCUUUGCCUCCUGCCAGUGCACACCAUUCACAGGAUCGAGCAGUUAGUGUUACUGACAGCUAAAGGCAUUAUCCAUUCAACUUUGAACAAAAGAAUCCCUGUCACUUGCAAUAAUACAUCCACCUCCCCAGCUGUGCAAAUGAUACUAACCGUCACUGAACAUCAUUCUGCUUCUCUCAUAAACUAUUGAGGCUUGUUCUCCUGUCAGAAUAGAAUUCCCCUCUGCUCUUUCUGUACAGUCACAAGCUAUGGAGUCAGCGCAACAUGGUAUUCCCUGCGGGCCAUUUUUGUUAUGUCUCUAAUCUUACCCCCAAAAGCUGUUAGAAAUCAGUAAACAUGGAAAGAUUGCAAUCCACACUUGAUGGGUCAUAAGAGAACGCCACUCCAAUUGCAAGACAGCUGCAACAUAGCUUCCCCCUCAUCUUCCUGCUCCCAAGCUGGGCUGAUCAGGGGUCCAAUCUUUGAUAUACAAAUAUAUCUGAAGAUGUAAUACUUGAGAGCACCACACCUAGGAGCAAUCCACACUUAAGCUCCUUUAGUUUGCAAAACAUCCCUGCCCUGGUAUUUUUCACAAAUGCAAUUAACAUCCACGAGAAACAACUCUGUAUCUCCCUUGUUUGCAAAACCAUUCCAUGCUGCAUGCCAAUUUGAAGUGCAAUAAAGAGUAUGUGUGUGUGUCUUAAGUCAUGUGCACUGUUACAUCUUUAUCACACAAUAUGGGAACUAGGUAGUACUUGAAAGUUCACCUUUAAAACAAAAACAAAAACAAAACACCUCCAUGCAUGCAAACCUCCACAGUUGAUCCAAUUUAAUGGAGAAAGUGAUUUCUGGGUAGGUGGGGCAUGGAAGUCUCAACACCCCCAGCAAAGACCCUGUUACCCCAAAGGUCCUUUCUGUAUGUGUGUGGGAGGGGUCUCUCCUAGCCUGUUCUGGGAUUGUAGUCUUUUCUCCCCUGCUCCUCCCCUAAGUUAAUGGAGAGACCACGCUAAGUAAAUGGGAUUGUUUUUAUAUAUGAAAUUGCUUUAUGUAUGCUUUGAGGAAGCAAUUAAUGAAAGAAUGAAAGAAUGAAAGAAAGAAAGAAAGAAAGAAAGAAAGAAAGAAAGAAAACUAUGAGAAGAAAUAAAAUCUCAUUGGUUAGCCCAAAAAUGUCGAACUCCAGGCAGGCAGAGAUUGAAUGUCUGCCUGCCUUGAGCUCUGCACGUGCAUUGGCAACAACCCAGCAGAUGUUGGCUGCUAAUGCAAAACCCACAGUAAAAGAUCAGAUGCAAGGCCUAAAGUAUCACUAUAUUUAUCUGCUGUUUUAAAAUUGCAAGCAGAAUUGCAAAGAUAUAUACGUACUUUCUUUUUGGCACCCAUGCUUUAUAGCUCUGACUUGGAGAGUUAACCGAGACAAUCAACCUUUUUUGUGUGUGAAUGUGUGUGGACUAUUAAUUUCCAACAAAAAACAAAAGACUUCUUUUUUUUAAUAUCUGCCCAAGCAUAUGGAAAAUGUAUAUUUUCAAUGUAAAUAACUGCAACUAUAUUUUUCAGUGACAAUCAGUUAUUAUUAAGAGUUGGCCUGUUGGGGUUGUUUUUGGACCAAAGCAUAGCUGCCACGCUUAUCUUAUCUGAGAUUUAUACGCCUAUCCAAUUUAAUAUUACAUAAAUAAUUACAAAUCAUCCGUGAGACCUUGUCAGCUGCUCUGAUCCCACAAAAUGACUCGACCCGAAACCCCAAAGUACUCAGAAACAUUCUUCACAGAAUGUUUUCAUAGGCACCACUUCAAAGUGGCUGCGGUUUAAAAAUAUGCUGCUAUUUUGGUGUCCACUUGUGUGGGAUAAAAUUUCCCAUCAGUAAUAGUAGGACUGUAAUAGGACUCCAGAGGAAAUGAGAGAGUUAAGAAGGGUGUUCAAGGUGUCUUUUUACUGGUUAGCAUGCAGUAUGUUGAUGAAAUAAUAUUUAGGAGCCUCUCUUUUUUCUUGAGGUAACUGUGACUAACUGCAAAUAAAGUCACAAAACACAGCAGAAGUUACUGCAAAUUCAGAACCCAAUGAGUUGUUAGAGAAGAUCUUAUAUUUGAUUCAGUAUGCUCUUUCUUAUUUAUUUUUUACAUUUAUAUCUCACCUUUCUUCCAAGGAGCUCAAUGUAACAUGCAUAUCCUCACAAUAACUCUGAUGUAAGUUAGGCUGAGAGCCUGUGACUAGCCUUCAGGUUUAUGACUGAGCAGUGAUUUGAACCCUGCUCUCCCAGGUCUGAGCCCAAACCUCUAACCACUGUACCACCCCGGCUCUCUUAUGGAAAUUCUUUGAGGCUUUACUGAACCACCAUGCAUGAGUAACAGACUACUGCUGGCUCACAAGCUAUGUGGAUCUGUCUAAAGCACUUACUGCCUCAUGUUAGUUUUGCGAUGUUACAUAAAUCUAUAUAUUUGCAUACAUUGAUUGCUGUUGGAUUUUAUGUAAGAACUCAAAAAAGCCUUAUUCAGACAUCCUAUCACACAUUAAGUAGUCCUUGCCUAAUGGCAGCCAGACAUGCCCUUCAGAGGUCACAAUUUCAGUGGUAGUGUAAAGACCUAUACACUUGCAACUUGGAUGAGUGUGGUCCUCCAAGGAAAUUCUGGCCACUUGCUUGUGGAGAGGAGGCCAACUUAUGCACAUCUGCUCAAUGGGCCUCUUCACAUUGCCACCAAAUUCAUGGCCAGUGAGUGGGUGUUGCAGUGGUUGGGUUGUGGCUAACAGGUGAGUUCUCAUGACCCCCUCACAUGAUGUGGGGCAGGGGGUUUGAAGAGGGCUUAUGUAAAUAUAUUUUGGAAAUAAACUUCUGUAUGUGAGCAAAGAAGGAUGUUUGAAAUAUCUCCAGUUAGCAGGUGAUGGGUUUUGCAGGAGAAACUGUGCCUGCAUGUGCACAACUAUCUGCUAAAAACGUAUAGAGAGUUUAUUUUUUGUGUCCUAAGUACUAUGUGUAAAUGCGAGGCAGUCAUUUCGAAGUAACCACUUAGUUAAGAAUAGCUCCUGUGACUUCUAUGGAAUUAUUCUGGAUUAAGUGGUUUGUGGAUUAGAGCUCUGACCAUUUACAACCUCCUCCUAGAAUACCCUUUCGCUGUGGCCUCACAAAUCAACAAAUUGCAUUUCUAGCAGGUGCAGCAGAGGCAAUGAGCCUUGGUUCCUACCAGAGAUCCCAUGAGUGCCAGGCACUUAGUACUGGAAUGCCAGGCAGUGGCACCUUCUUCCUUCAUAGCAUUCUAUGCCACCUCGGUACCAGCUCAGCAGCACUAGUGGCUUCACUGUGGGAUUUAGGAAGAUUUAUUUACUUGCUCAAUUAUGCCCUUGUGUCCCAUUUUGGUACCCUUAAAAGACCAGUUCUGGCAACAGACUGAUCCAAAUCACGUUUAGACUUGCUUUCAGGGAUGGAUGAACAUAUUUUUGAAGACUACACACUAGUAUUUAUGCAGUCACUUAAAUGAAGAAGAAACAAAGGAAGAGCUCCAUAUUAAUCAGUACUUAUUUAACUUGCUUUAGCCUACCUGCACUGCUACAUUCUUUAAUUUAUUUUAAUUGGUGUGUCUGUGUUUGUGCGGUAGGUUUUUAUGGAAUUCAAUAAGAAGUGAGAUUUCUUAGCUCUCCUAUAACCUAGAAGGGGAAAUUUAGGCAGGCACAAUUUCUCCCCUCCCCCUCUUCUUCUACAAACCCAAAUAGCUGCACCUGCAAGAAUCUUUCUUUUCUUUGCCACUUUUAAAGACAAAGAGCAUGAUUCCAUAUUGUGUUUGACAUCUCGAACUGAGACAAGACUAGUCUGCAAAAUAUGGGUGACAUAGGGAAAUACUGCUGUUGUUCAUCUGUAAGAAAGCUGAUCUCUGUUUCUCUGUCAUUUUUGGCAUGAGAAUCCCUGGCACCUCUCAGAACACAAAGUCUAAGACUUGUGUAAAUAUCAGGAUAUGCCUUUUGAAAUUCACACUCUCUGCACAAACAUUAUUGUCUCAAAGAGAAACUUUCCUAAAGCCCAGGUCACAUUCUGAACCAACUUCCAUUCUUUUCAGAUCUGAGUAAAAGCAAUAGAAUUGCAUAACAUUGAAACACUAUGUUGGUUUUCAUUUGUUUGUAGGACAGUGAGGAGGGUAGCCAGCAGUUGAAUCUAGGAUUGCCACAGAAAUGGAAUUGUGCUUGAAAUGUGUGUUUCCAUGGGAUAAGAUUUGGGUGCUGGCAGAGCUGACCAAUCUGUCAGAAUCUGAAAACUAGUCCUCCAAGCAGAACUAUGGGUCGGUAACAUCACCAUGCUGGGACUCAUCUGUGCCCAAGCAUGACACACAGAAACUAGCUAUGGAUUAAUAUUGGGCCAUAGUUGAUUUCCUAGAUAAUGCUGCAAACUCAUUUCUUAGGUCAGGAAGAAUAAAGACGACAGGAUCUAUUUCAUAAGGCAGGUUAUUUUGCUCCAAAGCUGUCACGAAAUUAAAUAUAAAAGCUUGGCUUUUGUUUUAGGCUGUGUAUAUAUUGCUUACAGUCACUUUGGCACUGAAAAAUGAAUUUGUGUCAUGUUCAGAGGUAUGUGGACUUUACAGAAGCCCUAGGCAAUCGGGUGAAUGUCUCCUUUAGUAAAUAAACUUCACCAUUAUCCCUCUUUUUAAAGGAAAAGGUCAAAAGCUUGCAUUUGAGCCAAAGCAAAUUCUAAUCAUAUUCCUUGCUUCCCUUGGGUAAAUAUUUAUGAACAAUUAAAAUCUGGGUCAGUACAAUUCACCCAUGACUGAUGGAAUCUGAAGAUAAUAUUCGCAGGAAAGGAGAAAUUGUAAAAGCAUUUUGUUACCCUUUAUUAAAGUUACAGAGAAGUAGUCUAAUUUGGCCCCUAUCCUGCCCUCACCCUGCAUAUAUAUUGUGGCUUUGGCUUAUCUGUAUUUGCAGAAGGAAUUUGAAAUUACAGAAUGUGCAUUCCUCUCUGAGAAAUUCUACUAGUCUGGAAACUCACUAAAACUCCUCAGAUGUCCUGGCUUAGAAGGAACCUCUCAAUCUGACUUUAGGUGAAAUUAGGUGACAAAUCUUAAUUUACAAAAUUUGUUUGAUAAAAGCCAACAUGCUUAUUUCAAAGUAGCAGGCCUUAGUGGGCCAUCUUCCUGUUUAAGAAAUAAAUUCUUUCCCUUCUCCAGCAGUAAAUGGUUUCCUAUCCCAUCUCAUCAGCAGAGUCAAGUCUGCCUCUCACUGGUCUGUGAACGAAACUUGUUAAAGGUGCUUGGCAGACGAGACCUGUUGAGGGAAGAGAUCAAGAAAACAUGCUGAUUCAAGACAUCUAUGGUAUUUGGGGUGAGGCCAUCUUAGCAUAUCCAUUUACUGGGAGUAUGGCUCUCUAGCACUACCAAUGGAACAGUAUAGCCACAUAGUAGAGGGGAAAACUUCUGCAAGGAAUUUUCUCUAUUUCAAGUGUAAGCUAAGUAAUCGUAAAAACCACACCCUGGAAACUUGGCUGUUAAUGAUAAUUUUCAAAUUUCCUUUGAUAUCUGACAUGUAUGUAGCAAAAGUACAAUUAUGCACUUGGGACACACACACACACACACAGAGAGAGAGAGAGAGAGAGAGAGAGAGAGAGAGAGAGAAUCUUCCCAGCCCUGUAGCUUAUGUUAUUCAUUAAACAGUUUUGGUUGGUUGUUUCUAAGAACAUUUAUAAAUCACCAACUUGUAAGAAAAUACCAUGGCAGUAUUCUGUAAAUCUUUUAAACAUUGUAAGAUUAUAAAAUAAUAAAAUACAGAACAAAAGACCAACACUGAAUUAAAUUAAUUACGUAAAAAUACUUGGUAAAGCAAAAAUGUUUUCAGAAGCUGAUGAAAUAUUAAAUUGUAGGGGCCUGUACGAUUUCAAUAGGAACAGUGUUCCAAAAUACUGGUGCCACUAUGUUAAAAGUCUAAGUUUGCAUAGAAAUUAAAUAAAUACGAGACAACUCUGGGACAGUUGAUACAUUUUGUUGAUGCAUACUGUCUUCAGUGCUGAACGGCCAGAGAUGCUAUUGACCUGGUGCCAGCAUUGUUCUUAAACCUUCUCUUUUCAUUACAGUCAUCCGAGCCAAGGUAGUGGGCAAGAAGCUUAUGAAGGAUGGACCUUUUGGGACGAUGCAAUAUACUGUCAAACAAAUGAAGGUAUGUACACAAUCAUACUGGAUUGAGACAGCAAAACAUUUCAAAUUGUAGAAAUGUCAUUAUCUGAGAAUAGAUCUCAUGAAACUCCAUCAUAUGCUAACUAUGAAUGAAGGGAUUAGUCUAGUUUUGGACCUGUUUCAUAUAUGUGAACUCAUAAAUUUGUUAGCAUCAAUUUGCUGAUUAUUUUUUUUAAUAGAACAUGCAAAUUUUCCCAGUACUUUUUAAUGUGUUGCUUCUCAAAAAUGCAUAUUUUUCUACUUAUUUUACCCUAUUAGCACUGGAAUAAAAUCUUCCUUUGGUGUGAAUGGGAGCUCUUUUUCCAGUGCAAAUAGCUUGUGUGGCCGGGGGUGGGUGGAUCUGGCUUGGAGCUUCAGUGAGAUAGCAAAGGGUUAAAGCCUACCUACCCUGUGGGUCCUGGUGCAAAUAGUCCCACUCACCAUGAACACAUACCUACUAUUGUUAAUUGUGUGAAUAGUGUCUCACAAUAGUUUGGCCCACAGUCUCUCAAAACACAAAGACGACACAUGCAUGCGUGACAGUCCUUAGAAAUAACUUCCCAUUCUACUCCAGGUGCUACAGAACAGAAUAUUAUUUGCCUUCUGGGCUUUCUCUCAGUUGUGGGUUGCUGCUCCCUAUGCAGGAGGGGUAGUUGUCACUCUGACAACCUAGUUUAGAGACCAUUUCACUCUGCAGCCAGGGCAUACCAUGAAAACAGUUCAUGCAUGCCACCUUUUUAUGUAGGAAACCAGUUGUAUGAUCAAGCCAAUAUUUAUUUAGACUAUUUAUAACCUGUUACUCAUUCCUCACCCAGUCUCAGAACAAGAAACAACAUUAAAUUACAAGAAAGCAAUAUUUCAUUUCAGUACAACUUAAUGUAAAAACAAACAGUAUGCUAUAACGAUGUAAACAAACAAACAAAUAACUGCAUCAGCCAAGUGAGGGACACAACUUUAUCAAAUGCCUGGUGACCUGAUGUCAAAAUGCCAUCAGUCUUGGUGCUUGAUUGUACCUGAGAGGUGAGGACAUUCCAGAGCUGGGGAGUAACUACUGUUGAGGUGGUUGUGAGUAUUAUUGUUAUCCCAUUUAUGUCCCACCUUCCUCCAAGGAGCUCAAGAUUGUCCCCACUCCAUUUUAUCCUCACAUCAACCCUGUGAAGUAGGUUAGGCUGAGACUGGUCCAAGGUCACCCAGUGAGUUUCAAGGCUGAGGCAGGAGCUGAACCUUGGUUUCCCACAUCCUGUUCUGACUGAGAGCAGCACCAGCCCAUUUAAAUGCCCUGGGAGCGGACCAGAGAGAAAACGUCAGCAGCCAGGUCUACUCCCUGGCCCCACCCCACAAGUGGCCAUGGAUUAGUGCAAAUUCAAACCUGGGUCUUGUGGGAACCCAGAGAGCACCACGGCAAACAGGGGAAGGGACCAAUGUCUGAAACAAACAUUGCAUGGGUCUAGGGGGAGGAAGGAGCUGCUGUGCUGCAAGUGCCGCCUACCCUUGGACCGGGUAAGCGGCCAUUGCAGCACAAGGGCCUUUUUUUACUCAUUUUCAAGAUAUUUGUUUGAAAUGGAGAUGCAUCUUGACACAGCCACCUGACUUGCCCCCCACAUGUUACUUUGCCACAAGAAAUAUCAGUUCAAGAUCAUGAACUCCAAAUCGCUUGCUUUCUUAGCUGUCAGUGCCAAUAAAUGCCCACAUCCCCCAGAGUGAGCUUAAGCAUGGCAGUGACAUAUCUGAUAAUUAUAUAGGGGCAACUAAUUCUUGGACCCUUUGAGCCUGGUUAGAUUUUGCCUGCUGACUGUGGAGAGAGAGGGAGGGAGAAAUAAAAGCGGCCUCAUUGCCUUCACUUGCGCUCUCUCCUGAACUUUCUAGCCAUGAGCAGCUUUUCCUUAAACCUGUUGCUCUGGACAUUCCUUUGCCAACUGACCUCUUGUUAUGUAAUGUUAAAAAUCUGCUCUGGUUUGUUUUUCUUGGCUGCAACAUCUCAGUCAUAAGACUGGUUAAAAUAUCUUUAGAAGAGGGAGAAAAAAGGAACAAAUAGAGGCUCUGGCAGUGCUUGCAGAAAUCUGAAACAUAUUAGACAAAGCAAUGGUUUAGAAAAACAACCACUUGCCUGCUUCCUAAUAACAGUAAUUCUCUUUAUAAGGCAUCAUCCAGCUAAGUAGAAAAGCUGUGCAGCACCAAAGCCAUCGCAAACUAUACUUGCUGCCAAAACCAACCUCGACACACCUCCUUCCCUGGAGUGGAAUUUUUGCUUGAAAUCUCAGUUUCCCUUACUUUAUUUAAAGCUGUGUAGCUCCACUGGUCUUUCUUUCUUAAAAAAUAAAAUCACUUGUGGGUAUUGUGCUUAUGGCAGUGGUUGAUGACAGCUAGGGUCUGCAUUUAUUUGUGUAGAGGCAAAUGACAUCAAUAACUUUUGUACAGGCUACAUAGGAGCAAGCUAGAGGUUUGGGCAGCCCAACCCAUGUGUUAAAACGUAGGCUGUGCUGAGUUCCUAUAAAGCAGGGAUUGAUCUGGUAAUAUAAAGCACCACAAGGUGUAAGCAGAUUGGAUCCCCAGGGUUUGAGAGCCUGUGUGGUAUAGUGGUGAAGAGUGGUGGACUCGUAAUCUGGUGAACUGGGUUCGAUUCCCCGCUCCUCCACAUGCAGCUGCUGGGUGACCUUGGGCUAGUCACACUUCUCUGAAGUCUCUCAGGCUCACUCACCUCACAGAGUGUUUGUUGUGGGGGAGGAAGGGAAAGAAGAUUGUGAGCAGCUUUGAGACUCCUUCGGGUAGUGAUAAAGCAGGAUAUCAAAUCCAAACUCUUCUUCUUCUUCUUUGGACACAUCCCUGUGCCAAACCUAAAAUCUGCCAGGUGAAUCCAGUGGUGAAACUUUUUGGUCAGCUAAGGAUUGCUUCUCCCACAUGAUCAUGUUCAGAGCAGUGAUGUGUGAGAUUAUUCCCAGAAUUCUGCUCUCCUCUAACUUUUACUGAGGAAGAUUCCAUUCCCUGUAUGGCGGGCACAGAGAGGGCCCUACUGUGAAAUAGAGGGAGGAUGUUGUGAGAAUGAGACAUUUUGCCACUAUCUGGCUACAGGACACAAUGACUUAUACUCACCCAAACAGAGAGAUUUGCUGAUAAAUAUAGGAGACUGGGCUAUGCUUGACUUCAACCUACUUAGCCUUACUGAGCAAAUAGAAAAUAUGAAAGCAGUGGCAUAGUUGCUUUAACAAAUUUAGCUGUUAGAAUCUACUUUAACUGCAGAUUCCAAUUUGGGCCUGACAGAUUUCAUGGUGAGCUUUAUCCUCCAUAAAUUUAUCUAAACCUCUUGUAAAGCUGUCCCAGUUGGUGGACCUCAUUACAUUACAAUGUAUUCCACGGUUUAACUAUAUGUUGAAACUGUACAGUUGCAGUAAACUGUACAGUUCCAUGAGUAAACCUUUUGAGUUUGUGUUAUGAAAUAUUAUUUUCUUUCCCAACUGCAUACUAAAGAGAACUAAAGAGAAUAUUUCUGAUAUGGCUUCAGUCCAUGAUGUUUUGUUAUUGCUUGGGAAUAUAAAGGCAGCGUGUUCUGGGAAUUGUCCAAAAGUACUGUAGCUGACCAUGCAACAAAGGAGGUCAGCAUUACUAUUGACACUGUUGGCGUCUCUACUCAAUUUGAAAGGCACACAGCACAUGCAGCUGCCAAUAUCUUCACUCCAGCCCAUUCUAAGGCAGAGGAUAGGAAAGUUUUUAUAGCUGUAAGGGAAAGCAGUUAGUAUUUAAACCAUGAAUUAAAACUCAUGAAGUGGCAGCAACCAUUCUGUCUCGUGACAUCCGUCUUAAGGCCACUGUAAAAUGAGAUGGACCACAUGAUUUGUACGUAGAUUUUUCCUGCACAGUCUCACCUAAUCCCCAGGAAUGGAGGAUUGCUUAAUGGAAUGCUGAGUCAGUGGGAACUGGUGCUGUUCUAGCAGGCGCUACCAGGCAAUGCUCAUUAAUACUUUGUUCUCUAACAUUCAUUUCCUAAAAUACAGGACUGUGGAGACAGAAAGAUUCUAAGAGUAGUAAUGCUGCCUUCUUGACAAAAUCAACAGUCUAUUCAGAAUUACUCCUGUGUUGGAGUGGGUGCAGGUUACGAAAGAUCCCACGGGAUUGUGCCCUGAACUAAUAAAAGCUGUAGGAUAUUCGGUGUGUGUUUUUAAGAACAAAAAAACAAUGAUUAGAGCUUUCUUUUCAGGAGACUUUCCUUGUUUCCACAGGCUGCCCUUGUCCAUUGUACAAGGUAGCAAAACAUGCCCAUCCAUCUCUGAAAGAGAGUUUCAGCAUGCCUUACAUUACUAUCCCAAACCAGAACCAGUUAACUAUCAUAAGCGCUCCCUUCCCAGCAACUUUGGGAGCUGUAGUUCUGUGAGAGGCACAAACAUCUGGAAACAUGAGGGGCAUACAUUAUAAUAUAGUUCUUAACUCCUGGAGCUGAGGAAGUCAUUCAGUAAUGGAAAAGGGACAUUACUGUGCUCUAAUAUUAGUGGUCCAUUGAGUACACACACUUAUGCUUGAUGCUGUACAAACCCACCAUCUGCCAAAUUUCCUGGGGCCACCAUGCUAGAAAAUGUACUGCAACAUAUUAAAAUGAAAUACAGGGUUGCCAUCCUGGAGUUAGCAGUUUGAAUACUCAGAGCUAAGAAAUGCCAAGCUCAGUUAUUUUUUGGUUGCAUGAUAUUUUAUUAAAAUCUCUCUCUCUCUCUCUCUCUCUCUCUCUCUCUCCUUUUUAAAGAUGUACAGGGGUUUUGACAAGAUGCCACAUGUUCAAUAUAUCUACACAGAGGCCUCUGAAAGCCUUUGCGGGGUCAAGCUGGAGGUCAACAAGUACCAGUAUUUGAUUACAGGUAAAGAAAUAGCAGAGUUGUCUGUCACAGCUCGCUUGCAGGGUGUAUUUGUUUCAACUGUAUUUUUAGAGGAGUUGCAGCUUAGUGCUAGUGGAUGUGGAUUACAAGUAUUUAACCCACAAGUCUCAAAAACUAAAGUUUUGAUUUAACUCUGCUUCCAAAAUUAUCUGUGCCAAUCAGGUGUCGUCUGACUGGAACAAGUGCAGGAGAAGUGGCUGUUAGUUUUACAUUGUAGAAGACAGUAUCUUAUUAAUGAAAAUUCACACAAAUUUGGGAAUUAUCAACAUUUCAAACUUCAAAGUCAAUUUUAUUCUGAACAUUUUCCAGUUGAAGUUUGAGAGAUAAUUUUUUUAAAAAAAGGAUUUUCAAUCUUGAUGAAUACCAAAUUCAGGUCUUCUACUAACUGGUAUUUUUUUCUUAAACUACCAUCAUUCAGAAUUGGAAAUAUUGGGCAAUAUUUAGACUGGACACAUGUGAAAUUGAAUUUUUUGCAGUCAUAUUCAGAUUAGCAUAAUUGCCUAGGGAAUUCCUCCCACCCACCUCGUCUUCUCAGUGCUAAUUAUAUAGGUGUUGAAGACACAAGCCCUGAAUGAAAAUAAGCAGGCAUGACAUAGUAGGAUACAGUUCCUUACUAUAUUUCAAAAGGUAGCCAUGCUGUUGCUAAUUCCUUGCAUGUGGGAGGGACUUUCGUAUCUGGUAUCAACUUCCAAACUGCAGAAAUACUGGCACUACAGAUAUUUUCCACAUCUGGGAAUUUAACAAAUUAUUUACACUUGAAUGGCUCAUUUGCAGUUUUAUUUUCUAGGCCGAGUUUAUGAUGGAAAGGUUUACACAGGACUGUGUAACCUGAAUGAGAAGUGGGAUCGACUGACUCUCUCCCAGCGCAAAGGACUCAACCAUCGUUACCACCUUGGUUGUGGCUGCAAGGUGUGUGCUGUGUACGGUGACCACUCCUUGAGUUGUGAACAACUUCAUAUAUUGGGGAUGGACUGGGAAGGGAGAGGCAAUAGAAGGGAACGUUGUAAUUUUAUUCCUUGUGAAUAUCUGGGAAGAAAAGAGCAAAAUGAAAGCUCUGCAAAGGCUAGGAGCGCAGUCACAUGGCAAGCAUCUCCCGCAGGCUUAAGCAGGAAUAAGGAACCAAAGGGCCAGAUUCCCUUCUGGGGGCCACAUGCCAGUAGUAGGUGGGACCAGCAGCAAAAUUGAGUGGUGCAACAAAUGUAAAUUUUAUAUUAUCAGCAGACUAGUUUCUACAUAUACAUUUCAUGGUAUCUUAAAUCCAGGCAAGCAAGCAAGAGGUAUUAUCAGAGUCCAUGGACACAUUCCAGCCACACAGAAAUGUUCAAGGAUGGUGCACAGCAGGGACAGUGAGGGAUGUGGCUGAGGAUAGGAUGUUGCCUGGGAAGAGUCCUGAGGGCCCAAUAGAGAGGCCUGGAGGGCUGCAUUUGGCUCCCUGAGGUUCCCUGCCAGGGACAGGGGCUUAAGGUAGUUCCAUUAAUCAAGGCACAGGUCAAGUUCAAGAAUAUGAUUUUUGGACCGGCUCAUUACAAAAAUACUAGAAAUAUACUUUUCAGCUUUACAAUUCGGUUGAAUUUCCCUGUAACCCAUGAUCUAAACUCAGAUGUUUCCAUAUGGACGUGCUACUUUUCAAAAGAAACAAAACAAACAAACAUAGGCACAGGACUUACCAGGCAGUAAAUCAAAUCAAACUCAAAUGGGGUUUAAUUCUGAGCGGGCAAGUAUAGUAAUGCAACAUUAAGAGAAAAAGCUGCAAAGCACCUGACUCUUCUUAAACCAUUUUAGCCAACCCCCAUCACUUGUUUUCUUUUUGAAACUACAGAUUAAGCCCUGCUACUACCUUCCGUGCUUUGUGACCUCCAAGAAUGAGUGCCUGUGGACAGACAUGCUUUCCAGCUUCGGCCAACCAGGGUACCAGUCAAAGCAUUAUGCCUGCAUCAAGCAGAAGGAGGGCUACUGCAGCUGGUAUAGAGGAUGGGCACCUCCUGAUAAAACAACCAUCAAUGCCACAGACCCCUGAACACCCCCUUUUCUUUGUUCCUUCUCUCCCAUGCGGCUGAGCAUUCUUUGGACACUAACUCAUAUCAGAUCAUGAUGACAACCAUGAUAUUAGUGCCUGUUUCUUGCGAAUUUUAGCACUUCGAACUUUGGUGUUUGUUUGUUUUUUUAAAUCUAUGCUGUCUUAACUGAUUAUCUUUUUGUUUUUUGUUUUAAAUCACUUAAAAACAACAACACAAUCGCUAUCACCCAUUUUUGGUCAGAAGAGAUUUAUCUGGGAACUUCUGUUUGCACACCAGAUAAAUAAGGGAGCUUUGGCUCUCAGUUAUGUAUCACUCUCUAUAUAGCAAUAUAAUCUAUAUUUUUGUAGGAAAACAAAAAUCUCAAAAAUUUCCCAGAUGGGUAUUGUAUCACAAUUCCAGCCCCCUCCCCAAGCUGCUUCUUCACUUACACAUUCAAUCCUCAGACCAUGUAGAUACUCUUUUUUUUAAAAAAAAAAAUGCAACCAGUUAGGAUUAACAAUGUGAGCAAAUUUAAGCCACACACCGGAUGGAUGAAAAGAAAGUGAUGAUGUUUGAACUGGAUGGAGCACUGGGGGGAUUCAGCUGUCAUGUGCAUUAAAAGCACUACAUCAAAAUGCCUGUCUCGUUUGAAAUGUGAAUGUAAAAGCUCCAUUGUAGUUCUGGGUUGUGCAAGAGCAUAAAUAACAGCUUUUAAAAAUAAACACCAAUUAAUGGGAGCAAAUCCCUCUCCUAAAUAUGGAGCAAACAAGUUCAGAACCAAAUCAACACCAGGCAUUUGGGGGGUUUUAGCCAGGCUUCAAAGAGGCCUUUUCAACAUAAACCCCUAAUACAUGCAAACGUAUCAAUACAAAAUAAAACAAAUAAAUACACUUAAACAAAGAUACUUGGAAAGAGAGGCAAAGGGAAGUCUGGAGAAAAGGAAAAAAAAGUAAUCUAAUUAAGGCUAUUGGCAUUAAGAAAUUAGAUGCCAAAACACUGUUUUGUUGAAUGGAAAUGUAUAUAGAUAUGAUGAUAUAAGCUAUUUUUGACAGGACAUGGAAUUGUUUCAUGCUAUAAGCAAUGACAAGUUUGAAUCUUCACAUUCCAAGUCACUGGAUACUAUUUUAUUUUUUUGUUUAAAACUAAAGAGGUUGACUUUCUGGUGUUUCUGCAGUAGUGACAAUAAUGGGUGUUUAUUCCCCAUGCUAUGUGCUUCCCUCCUCUCCUUUGAGCUGCAGUAAGGGCCAAUGCACACAGCUAUUCGAAGACUGAAAAGUCACUAUGUUUCCUCCUCUUCACCAGUCAUUAACAAAGCAGUCUUGGGAAAGUGCCCUGGUUAAUCAAAGUGAAAAACAAUUCUGUUUUCACACAACCACAUUGCCAUAUGAAUACUAUGCAGAGAAACACUCCUUGGUCAUUCUUUUUCCUCCUCUGAAAUGAUCUGCAUCAGUCUGCAUAGUAGCCAGAAAAAUACGCUGGAUGGGUAUAUAACACACCCUUCUGUGCUACCAGAAAAAUACUUAGGAAGUACAGAAUUUCCUAAGGCUCUAGAAAUCACCUUCUAGCAAUGGAAUCCUAUGCAUGUUUCACAGAAGUAUAUCCUGUUGAGUUCAGUGGGACUUACUCCUAGUUAAGUAUGUAUAGGAUUGUAGCCUAAAGGAACAUUUUAGUGAUGUAUUACCUUGCUGGCUAUGAUUAAGCAGAGCUAUGCUUGUGGGCUCAGUAAACCUUCUGGCAAUAGGGAUGAAGGAGGAGGUUGUCCCACCUUCACUGUGGACUUGGUAAUUUGUUUGUUUUUAUUAUGAAAAAGUAUAAUAUAAAAAUAUUGUAAUAAAAGUAUUUUACAUUAUAAUGUUGUCAAGAAGCAGGGUUACUGAUGGGAUGGGCAACUAUAUACUUUGCGGAGGCUGUGGAAUGGGGUGAAAUAUUGACAAUGAACACAAGUUUUCUUUACAGUACUUUUUAAAAGUUGGGUUUUUUGUGUGUCUUAAUUUGCUAUCUGUCUUCAAUUCAUUCCACUGUAGAAAAUAGAGCUGUCAUAAGCUGGAAAGCGAUCAACUUAAGCAUGUGCCUAGCUACCUUCUUACAGGCAGGGAGAGCUUCAUGUGUGCAUUGAUGCUCCCACAACCACGAGAGUCAUGACCUGGAGUUCAGGGCUAUGAUCCUGAAAUAAAUAAUCCCCGUACUGUACACAGAAAACCAGCAUAUUCCAGAGAAAUCUAAGCUAGUUCCCUUUUUGCUGAUUUCUUAUUUUUCUGUAGGAAGUUAUUUUAACACAAGGGAGCAUUCAGUCAUGCAAUCUGUAGUCUGUAGACUGAAGUGGUUUUAUCACGUGGUCUGCUGGUUGUGCAGAUUGGUCCUAAUCUCAAGACUGCACCCUAUGUUCUUACUUGCUACACUAGGCCAGUAGCAAAGUUCAUCCAGUGUUCCCUCUGGCAGCAGAGCUGGACCCUGAGGCAGUGCUGGAUUUAGGGCGGUGCUGGCAGUUCCCCCACAUAGGGUGCUGAGCUGAGGGGGCGCAAAAUUGAGAAGAUCCAUUUAAGGGUGCUAAAUUUUGGCCUCACACAGGGUAGCAUAUUAUGAAAGAUUACCAAAGUCCACCCCUGCCUAGAGCUGGGCUUUUUGUACAACGAGGGGGCAUCCAUAGCAAGAAGUGAGAAAGAGCAAGUUUUGCCAAUUGUAAGAUAGGACUCAGUGUGCCUGGUUUCGUACUGGUUUCCAGGGAGGAAAUGUCGACCCUUUAGGGCACUUAUUUUAAAGCCAUCAUUGUGAUGGAAUUGCUGACACUUUCAGAGCUAUUGGCAGCAGAAGCGUUCUUGAACUGAUAUUUCUGAAGAGCUACAAUGGCGAAAACUGCAGCACUAACACUACUUCUAAUCUAGCCAAAAUCAAUGGCAUUGUUCUAAAGGCAUAUCCAUUUUAGUAUUGAACCACAGGGGUGGAUCCCUCACCAUACUUUGGAAAUUAAAAGCUGCACAGUGGGCACUGAUAAUACAGCUUUUCUUUAAUGUCAUAUGGGCACAAAAUAGUGCACUUCACUACAAUAUACGAAGACAUAUGAGAAGUGUUUCAAUGUUUUGAACUUGUCAAAACCUCCGCGCAGAUUCGCUGUCCCAGAUAAGGUUUGAGGACAGUAGCUCAUUAAUAGCCAGUAGGAUGCACCCUCCAGAUCUGUCUACGUACCCAUAAAUCAGAUCUUGAAAAAUUGCCAAGGCCACAUAAAAUCAUAUUGAGACUUGAGUUAAUCCUCUCUCCACCAAGCCUUCACCCUUCUGAAAUGGAAGUUAACAAGUCUAGCUUAAGAUGCAGCAGGCCAAAUUCAGUGAAGCCAGUGUUAUGACUGAUGUGGGUAGGGAGAGUAUUUCAGUGUUUCUAGCAGUGGUUGUUAUUUAUCAGCUUGCUGGAGAUAAGGUGGCCUAAGUUCAGUUUGUGUCAUUUCUGAGAUAAACCUAACACGAAUUCAGAUCUUGAAAGGCAAGAAGGGGAAGCAGCUUCCUGUUGACUGGGUUGUUAAAAAAUGUGAUCUGUAUUUCCACUGAAUGGCAGCUCCGCAUUUGUAUUAUUUUCACUGACUGUAGAAUUUUAAGAUCAUAGCUGAGACUUUACAGCUCUGCUAUCAAGCUAUUGUAGAAAUCUCUUUAAUUGCCAAGAAGGUAUGUGUCUUUAUACAGGCUAUAAUAUAUGUGUGUGCUUUGUAGGAAAACAAACAAACAAAACAAACAGGCCACCCAUCGGGGGGGAAAAGUAAGUUCUUUUUGUAUACAGAUUUCCAUUGUACAUUACAGAAAGUAAAGAGUUGUUGGAGGGCAUGCAACACAACUAAGAAGGCAAGGGCAGAAGAGAACAACCUUUCACCAUGCUGAUAAUCAAGCCAUCAAAGAGGGUUGUUUGGGGUUUUGUUUUGUUUUAAUAAGGAGUCAAAUGGAGGGUAAAGAUUGAGGGGGAAGAACCCAGCAAAAAAUACAUUUCUUUUGGGAGAUCUCCAUAUUUUUUAGUGUUACUAAUAAUCAGUAGUGGAUGUUGUGGUGGGGUAGUUGCUGCUGCUUACUGGGACAGAGGGUGGGGGGCAAGGGGGGGAGAAAGCUUGGUGCUGUAGAAAUGCACUGGCAGGAGCGCCAUAUUUGCUGCAUCUGAACAGCAUCAAACUCUCCUACUACCUUGACCUUCCCACCCUUCAUCCCGGUAAGCAGUAGUGACUUUGCUACCGGGAAGUCAGGCCAGCACCACUGCCCCAUCCUACUGUCUGCUACUGCUAACAAUUUUUUUUAUAAAUCAUUAAAAAUAAAACAAAAUUGCAAACUGCUUUAUAAUCUUUGCUUCAUUCCCUUGCACAACAACCCUUGCCAUCAUUCCCAUUUUACAGGUUGCCAGGACAAGAGCGGGACUUGAAACAGGUAACCCUGACCCAAGUGCAACUCUCUAUCCACCACACUGGCUUCUCAGCAUUAUAGCUAUUAAGCUGAGCUUUGCACUUGGUGCAGGGGCCUGAGCCAUACCUGUUGAAGUCAACUGGCACCUUUCCAUUGAUUCCAGAGGUUUUGAGAUGUAGGUCUGUGCAAGCCCAAUGAAGAACCCUUAUUCGUUUCAAAUAAAGCUUAAUCCUAUGCCUUUCCGAAUAAAGGAACCCCACUGAGUUCAAUGGAACUUACUCCCAGGCAAGUAUGCACAGGAUUGCAGCCUUCUGCAGUCUUAGUAUGUCCCAUCAAACCUAGUGGGGCUGUCUUGCGAACAUACAGGCACUGGGUUGGGCUGUAAAUCUGCAUUCUUUUUUCUUCUCCAUUACUAUCAGUCUGGGAGAAAACGUCUCCUCAGAAGGAAUGUAAUUUUUGCUUAGUUUUGUAGCACUGUUUACAGUUUUCCUCCUUGUUUUUGUUAUUUAUAAAUUUUAUAUUCAAUGAAUGUAUAUUGUCUUUUAAGGUAAUAAUGUUCACUUUUUAUAGUGUCCUUUUAUUCUAAAACAAUAAAGUGUUUUAUUUCUAUCACAGACA